CGCUCGCGCGCCCCGCCGCCUCCACUCCGGGCCUCAACCCCUCGGGUUCCCUCACAAACCGGCCGGAACGGCCCGCGCCGCCCCAGUUAUUACGCGCAUGCGCCUUGGCCGCUCCGAGCACCGCUCCGGUAAGGGAAGAGUGGAAGGAGGGAGGGGGGGGGCGGGUGAAGAAUUGUUGUGGGAGUUUAAAGGAGAAGAGUCCAGCGAGGGGAGGAGGUGAGUAGGGAAAAGAGAUGGGGAGUGCGGGGGGCGGGUGUCGGCCAGGAAGGAAAGAGCGGAGGCUCUCAACCCCUCUUUGUACUUCGAAUUCAGUUUGGGGGGGUGGUGGAAUGGGACGGGAGGAAAAGAGGAUUACUUUGUGCAUGGGGGGGCGGGGGGCCCUCGUCUUUUGUAGUCGUCGUCCGUCCCCCCCGUCGCCGUCGCCGCUUCGCGUGCGCUGCACACACCGUUAGGCGGCGCUUCCUCCCGCCAUUUUGAGAAGAAAGUGAGGAGGAGGAGGAAGGGGGGGUCUGUCCUAUUAAGUGCGCUCAACACCGGCACCCCCCCAAAUCGGAGUGAGUCGGUAGGUAAAUGAGCGAGCGACGGAGUGGGGGCUCCCAACCCCCCACCUCGACCCGGGACUCGGAAACUGCCCCUUCCCCUCAUUUAACUCUGUGGCCGCCUCGGACACCGCCGCGCUCCCCAAGUCCUGUGGGGAAGUUUGAAGAGGAUGCCAAGUUGUCUUUCCUUUCAGCUGGCCACCCCCCCUCCCGGCCACCCGCCGCAUCUUCCUUCUUCCCCAUCCCAUAAUUUCUGCUUUGUGCUUGGGUGGGUGGGUGAGGUUUCCCCUCUCUCCCCUCCCCACCACCUCCGCCUCCCCACCCCACAACCACCCAAAAACAAAAACAAAGGUCUUGAUGGGUGGCUGUGUUAGGCUUACCCUUGCUUACCUGCGAGUAAGUCCCAUUGGAGUCCCCGGAGGUUGUUUUUGUUCAUUUAAAGUUGAGAGGUGUCUAAUGUUUCACAGUCAGGCAACAGCAAAUGUCCGGUGGCAUCUUCAAAGACUUAUUGUGACAGGAGGUUUUGUUUACCCCUCCAUCCCACCCCCACCCUCCGUAUUUGCCUGAUGUGUAAAAAAAUAUGGAGAGAAAACUAUUAUGUGGGGGGGGGGUGAGAGAGAGUGUCUUAUUCCUGUGGUAUGGAACUGUUGCAAACUGUGACCCCAGGAAGCUGCCUAUAUUCCUGGUCAGAUUAUACUGUCUGUUGAUCUUGAAUUGAAACCUGGGGCCUUCUACACGCAGCACUUGCGCUUUCGCUGAGCGGUGCUCCAUCUCCUCCUACUUGCACGAUAAUAAUGCAUAUGUGGCACAAACAGCCACAGGGCUGUUAGGAGGGGAGUCUUACAUGCCCUCUAGACCAAAUUGCUGCUCGCUGUAGGAAAUCCAGAGUUAGAGCAUCCCAAUCAGAGGGCAAUCCAGUCUUGAAGAUCUCCAGUGAGGAGAGCUGCCCACUCCUCCAUGUAAUUAGUUCCAUUAUCCGACUACUUUUACCAUUAAGAAGUUUCUCCUAAUGGGUAAUUGAAAUCUAUCCUUCUGUAACUUAAGCCCAUUAGAUCUACUCCUUCUGAAGAGCAGAGAACAAGUCUUUGUCCUCUUUUACGCGACAGCCUUUUAAGUAUUUGAAAAGUGCUAUCAUUUUCUCCCUCCAUCUUCUCUUUUUUAGGCUCAACAUAUCCAGUUUCUUCAACCUUUCCUCACAGGAGUUGUUUUCUCCAGUGCAAUGUCCAGGACUGAAUACAGUUCUUCAGAUGGGAUCUGACUAGUGCAGAGGUGUACAGAAAAAAUGUAAACCGUGGGGCCAAACUGCAGAGCUCAAAAGUAUACAUGUCACAGAUUGUACCUCUGGCAUUUAAUGGUCCUAUUGUUUACAUUUUUUUUCUUUACACCUGUAUAUAUGUAUGUCUGCUAGCUGAGAAUGGCAAUUGAUGAAAUAAGUUCUGGGCCACAAAUGCUUAUGUCAUAAUAAACCUGUUGGUCUUUAAAGUGUCACAGGACUCCCCAUUGUUCACAACAAAGUGUAUACUCUAGGGAGCUGUAGCCAAUUCUGCAUGGCUCUUUGAUUAGUGUACAGUACUAUGAAACAUGGUUUUAAACAAGGGGUUGUAUUUUUCACAUAUUACAUUAUAUGUACCCUUAAAGCAUUUUAGAUUUACAGCAAAAAAUAUAAUAUAUAAUUUGUCCUUGAAGAUGUCUCAGAUGUGGAUCCUGGCUGGCCAGCUGCAACAGUCUGUACUAAUGCCACUGUGCACUUCUGAAUUUCAGGAAAGGAUAAGCAAUGCAUUCCUCAUCCCCAUCUCCUCUGCUGAUAGGCCAGAUAAUUCCACAGAAAGGUCGCAUUAACGCAGGAUCUGAAGUAAUGGGUGCAAAUUUCACCAACUAACUUAAUAUGUAGUCAUAUACAAGUCACUAUCUCUUAGCCCCCUUCCUGCAAUAUGAUUAUAUGACUGGUGUACUUUACAAGGCUAUUGUAAAGAUUACUGAGAAAAUAUAUUCUAAGCACUUUGAGUGCUUAAUCCUGUCUUGGCAGGAUUAUUGAGUUUUGGUGGAAGAAGUCAAUAAUCUUCAGCAGGCUCUGCUGAAACCAUUGUAGUCCCUUUGGGAGUUAAUAUAUAGCAGAAUAAAACCUCUAAUUGUACCUUUACACUCCCUAAGUGUACAUUCAAAAUGAAUUACAUUAAAGCAGGAGAUAGGCCAGGAAAGCUGUUUUCUUUCUUGCAAAGAUCUUUAGUAAGAAUUUUAGAACUAUAUGUUUUCAGCCAAAAUCAUACUAUGUUUUGAAAUACUUGACCAUGUUCCAGUAUAGAGCUUCUGUGAAAUCAAAUCCUUAAUUUCUAUGGGGCUUAAAUGCUCAUACAUGUGCAUUUGCAUUGUGGCCAUUUCCUCUUAAGGAGCCUCAAUUGGCACUCUUUGGCAAGUAGUUACAGGGCUAUGACAAAAAUCAGGUGUAACUAAACUUUUCUUGAACUUCACUCUCAUCCUGUAGAAAUCAUUCUUGCAAUGAAUGGGUUUACAUGCAUGUAGAAGUUAUAGUGUGGUGAAAUAAUUGUAUAAGAAUUAGAGUUGCAAGGGAUAAUAGCAGGUAGAGAGAUGUAUACAGGGAAAUAGUAAGGAGCAAAGGCCAUUCUAGCAGGACAUUAUUCCCACCCUUCAAUCCCUAUUGUUUCUGCCCAUGUGAAUAGCCUGUGCUAACAGAAUCAGUACAGUAAAUUGAUUUUGCUGGUAGAAUUGCCUGUUUGUGUAUUUCCUGAUUCUGUGGGAAGGGGUGGGGUGGGGGAAUACAGUGUUCCUUGUGGCCUAUGGCACAAAGAGCUGUGCAGAGGUUCCCCCUGAGACUUUCAUUGAAAGAAUAUAAGAACAGCCCUGCUGGAUCAGGCCAAAGGUCCAUCUACAGUGGUGCCUCGCAAGACGAAAUUAAUCCGUUCCGCGAGAGUCUUCGUCUAGCGGUUUUUUCGUCUUGCGAAGCAAGCCCAUUGACGGAUUAGCGCUAUUAGCGCUAUUAGCGGUUUAGCGGCUAUUAAAGGCUUAAAGGCUUAGGGAUUAGCUGCUAAAAGGCUAUUAAAGGCUAUUAAAGGCUUAGCAGAUUAGAUAAAGGGGGAAAAGCGAAAAAAAUCUCUAGACUCGCAAGAUAUUUUCGUCUUGCGAAGCAAGCCCAUAGGGGAAUUCGUCCUGUGAAGCAACUUCAAAACGGAAAACCCUUGCGUCUAGCGGUUUUUCCGUCUUGCGAGGCAUUCGUCUUGCGGGGCACCACUGUAGUCCAGAAUCCUGUUCACACUGGCCAACCAGAUGUUUAUGAGAAGCGCAUAAACAGGACCUAAGUGUGACAACACUCUCUUUUUGUGAUGCCCAGCUACUGAUAUUCCAGGGCAUACUGCAGAAAAUUUGAUUUCAGAAUUAAGAUAAAAACUUUUUCACUUGUAGGAUGGGCUCAAUAGUACAUGUGUAGGAGGAGCCUGUGUUGCAAGUUGGUGCAGGUAGCUACAAUUUAGAAAAGUUAGUUGCAGAGUUCUCUGGAUGGGGCCAUGGAUUGAUUAGACACUAGUCUGAUAAAAGUUUGGUUAUUUAACUAUAGCUAUGUUAAGUUUCCCUCCCUCCCCCACGUAUUGAUGGUAGGAAGCAUGUUCCUAGAAUCCAUGUUCAUAGUGAAAUACGCAAGUUACCUUCCGACCAUGGUUUCAGAUCAUAGUUGGUGAGCUUAGUUGGGUUUGAAUGUACAAACAAGUCAGAAUUAAGCUAAACAAAUAAUAGCUUAGCGUUCUGUCUGAAACAAGUUACUAUGUAUCUGCGUGUUCAGUCAGCACAUCGUAAUGUGGUCAUCCUUUGUUCAUAGCCCUCACAUAGUAUGCUGUAUGAUAAUUUCAUCAUUUCAGAUUAUUUCCCAUUAUUUUGGAGACGUUAGAAGUAUCGUUUCAGUGUUAGUUGUUUUUUUUUGUCAGUGAAUUAUUCUUGAGAAUAAUGGAUUUUUUUAUUUUGUAGCAUAUUUGUCAAACAUUAGAAGAAUGGAAUACUGGACUGUGUAGUACAGGGAUGGGGAGCUUGCAUCCUCCAUUAUUUCUGACAUCAGCCAUGUUGGCUGGGGUUGAUGUGAGUCCAACAGUGUAUAGGGGGCCACAGGUUUCCUUCCUACCCCCACUGCAAAAGCUGAAAGACAGAGACACUGCAAUCCUUAUACACACUUACCUGGGAGGAAGUCUCAUUUAACUUCUGAGUAGACUUACAUUGGAUUGUGCUGUAUGGCUUUGGCCCUUUAUGUGCUUAUCUGGAAAUAAGCUUAUUUCCCAGUUAACAUGCAUAGGAUAGAAUGGAAAGAGAGAUGAGGCUUUGUGUUCAAUUUCUAAUAUAACAUUAUAUUGCUAUUGUAUCAGCACCUUCAAGUUAUUCAUAAGCAAAAAUGGAAAUGUAUACAGUGGUGGAAACUUGUUACGUGAUAAUGGGCAUUUGUGAUAAACAACUCAUACUUCCUGUCAGGUUAACUUUUUUCUCUUAUCUAUCUUUUAUGCUUUUUCUGAUGAUGUGACUAGGAAAAACCAUGUUUCAUCUGUUGAUGGGCAAUGGAAUGUUUAAUAUGUACAAAUCAUAAAUUAUCAAAAGAAUGGCCUUGGAACCUAGUGAGAGAGUUCUAGCAAAAUAAUUACAUGUAUAACUCAAAAGAGAUGGGUAUAUGGGUGAAACUAACAGUUAUUGCCAGUAAAGGAGUGCCAGUUUUCCCUCAGAAAUAAAUUGGAUGAACAACCAACAUAUAUAUGUGGACAUCAUUGAACUGAGUAAUUUCUCAAUCUGCAAAUGUUUCCUUCCAAAACUGACUACUUGUAAAAUAUGAUUUUUGUAAAAUAUAGAUAUGGUUUCUAUAUUUGAAGCGCCAAAGAAUUCCAGUAUAAAUUGUCAAAGUGCAUGUUGCUUUUCAUUUGCUCUGAUUAGCAGGAAUCUCUUGCUUUAUGAAUGAUAUUAUCUUUUAUUGCCGAAGUAAAUGACAGUGUUAAUUUUAAUGGGAUGUACAUGAGAGCACAUUACAUUCAGUUGUUAUCAUGGAGAGCAUAUUACAUUCAGUUGUUAUCAUGGACAAUAAGCAUAUUUCUCACUUAAAUGUAUUUUACCCGGUUACAUUAUUAAGGCUACUGUAGUAGCUGGUUAUUUUACUCAUAUCUCUAUGACGAGAUAAAGAUAUUGUCAUUACUGGUGGCUGGGAAGUUGGUUGUUGGUUCAGUAGGCUCAGAAAGGGCUUCCAGGUAGCCUGAAGUAUCUCAACCUAUCAUAAGCGACAUGAUUGUCAGUAGUUAUAUUGGGUCAGAAAGACCUUCAGACCUAGGGGUAGAGCAAAGAACUUUGUUCCCUUACUCAAAAUAGUACAACUGAACUUUGGAUAAAGAGUUAUAAUGACCUUCCAAUCUUAGAAUUAUUUUAAGUGGACUGAAUAUAAGGUUAUGUUAGCACAUCAGUUAGAUGAAAUAAUAAGAGAAUGUGGUGUUCAACUAUGUGUUAACCCAUGGUUUUAGUUUUUGGUGUAGCAUAGCCCAAUCCUAUAACUGAGUUUUGUGCACCUAAUCUCAUUGAUUUUAGUGGGCUAUGACAUGCCUAAAUCAGUACUCUUACGUUCUUAUUGUCCGGAAAGAAACAUACUUUUGUGUUACUAACUUGCUUUCAAAUUAAAACCUGUCUGUUUCUGAAGUAUGUUAGUAAGUGAAAGUCAUCCCUUAACCUUAAUGUUUGAUCACUUCUGAUAAGGUAGACAAACAAGUUUGGUGCGCAUCAAAGAAUACUAUUAAAUUUCAGCAUUUUAAUUAUGUGAUAUUAAAAUGUCAAGGGCAGUGAAAUAUGCAUAGUAAUGCAUAUAUUUCUACCAACAGAAGUCCUGUAAUAUUUCCAAAAUAACAAUUGCUCUUAGGUUUGCAACUUAAUCACACUGCCUCCUGUCGCAAACUAUGUUUAUACACUGUUCACAUUUUGUUCUUAAAAUUCCCAAACUCUGUUCCACUUCUAUCCAAACCAUUAAAAGUUGGUUAACUUCUAUCCUUAACUGCUGAUCAGCUGCCAUGGAAUCUUUUAGCUCCUUACACACAUACUUCUUGUUUAACCUUUCUAGACUUUACAUCCUUAUGCUACAGGAUGAUGGUUUUUAUCUGGCUGAUUUGUAUCCCAAUAAUCUUUUAGCCAUGAUAAACGUGUUAAUGUCUAAAUUGGAGAUGGCAGGUUUUUUAGGGUAUUUUCUGGUGGCAUUUGUAGCUUUCACUAAAAUCAGGAAGUGUCCGUUCAUUAAGGCGCCUUGUAAAUAUUACCUGGUUGUGACAGCUGCUUAAAACACAAGUUUCAGGAAUAAGCCAAUACUUUUGUAAUAAUUUUUGUGGUAAUAAAACAAUGUUAAGGGAAUUACUGUUGAUUGAAACACUGAUCAUCAUAACCAACUGGCCAUUCUCUUAACUUACAUUUUAACCUGCAGUUGGCAAAGAUGAAAUGAUUGUGACCAGAGUGAAAUAAUAAUUGUGUGAAGCUGGUUAAUGCUGGAUUACUUGAUUACUUCUUCCCAAUACCACUGAUUAAAUUUCCGUAAUGCAUAUGACUAGGCUUCUCAUUCACACCUAAUUCCCACAACCACCUUUGUCAUAUUACCGUAUUUUUCGCUCUAUAACACGCACCCGACCAUAACACACACGUAGUUUUUAGAGGAGGAAAACAAGAACAAAAAUAUUCUAAACGAAACAGUGGAUGUAUGAGUUUUUUGGUUCAUGCUGUGGCCACAGACAUGUGAUCUGACAGUGAGUUUGGAGUAGCCCAGUGCAAAAAUCCUGAGGAUCCAUGUGGAUCCAUGCUUUGUAACCACGUUUUUGCACCACUGUGGCCCCAGGCAACAGUGGAUGCGUGAUUUUUUUGGUGCAAGAUGUAGCCAUGGACAUGCUAUGUGAUCUGAUGGUGAAUUUGGGGUGACCCAGAGCAAAAAUCCUGAGGAUCUAUGUGGAUCCGUGCUUUGUAACCACGUUUUAAGUGGGGAGGGAAGGGAAAGCACUCAAAGGACAAGGAGCACGCGUGGGGUGCGUGGAGAAGGAUGCUGCUAAUAAUGCAGAAGAGGGGUAUAAGGGGAGAAGGAACAUGCGUGGGGUGGGUGGAGAAGGAUGCUGCUAAUAAUGCAGAAGAGGGGUUUAAGGGGAGAAGGCUCCUCUCCUCUCCCACUUUGCUCUUUUAAAGCAAGCAGGCUCUGCUUUUCUCCCUCCUCCUCAUCCCCGGCUUAGCGAGCUGAAAAACUUUGCUGCUAUGUAGCGAGCUGAGUGGGGAGGAGAGAGGGACAGAGAGCCUGCUUGCUUUAAAGGAGCCAACCGGACAGGAGCCGCUUACACUUGUGUAAGCGGCUCCUUUCCUCUCCAGCUUUGCUCCUUUAAAGAAGCAGGCUCUCUGUCCCUCUCUCCUCCCCACUCAGCGGCUCUUCUCCCGCUUUGCUGUUUCAAAGCGAGCCACGGAGGAGGGAAGGAAGGGGAACCAUGGAUCCUCUGCUCAGGACUGCAGCAGAUCCCCCCCCCCCCGCCACCCAUAGCCAUUCCCUUCAUAACACGCACAGACAUUUCCCCUUACUUUCUAGGAGGAAAAAAGUGAGUGUUAUGGUGCAAAAAAUACGGCAAUUGUGUGCCAUCCAAUGUACACUGUAUGCAUUGACUGUAAGGGCAUGAAAAGUCCCAUGUAGAUUUGUAUACAAAAAGCCAAUGCUUACAUCAGAAAUGGGGAACCCUUUUCAGUCUGAGGGGCAUAUUCAUUUGUAUGAAACCUUCUGGGGUCACAUGCCAGUGGUGGGCACAGGUAGAAGCAAAAGUGGUCUGUCACUUUUACUUUUGUACCGUUUGGCUACAUUCCAGCCAUGUCAAAGUCAAAGUUUUACACCCAUACAACACACACCUCUCCAUUCUUCAUUAAUUAUAACAGUUCAAACACAUUACAGGCCAGAUAAAAACAUUUAAGAAGGUGCAUAGCAGGACUAGAAAGGGUGUGGGGUGGGUGGGUUCAUGGCCUAGGGAGAGUCUUGAGGGCCAGAUAGGCCUGGAAGACUGCAAUUGACCCCCAGGACUGAGGUUCCCCACCUCUGUUUUACAGGGUUGGUCAGAUGCAGUUUGUGUCCGAACAACUACUUCUGCAUGUGUUUAUAACAUGCAGUUUAUAUAACGUGUUUAUAACGUUUAGCAUAAGUGUGAGUAUGACUAUCAUAAUGGAAAAGCUUGUGAGUCAUUCUGUUAGCAAACUGAGUAUUGUAGGUAUUAUCUCCUUUUUCAGCAGUGAAAAUAAGGUUAUGAUGUGUUGCCUUUCUAGUGGCAAACUGAAAAAAUUGGCUGCACUAUCAGUUCUUCUUUUAUCACUGCACCGUGCCCUGGUCACCUAGUAUAUUUUUCUUCACUGAUAUUCCCAUUUUUAGGAAGUGGAGGUUGUGGGGUACAGAAAAAAAGGAUGACUAGAAUAGAACAGAAAAAGAAUUUAUGCAGGUCUUUAUUGAAAAGAAAGGUAUUUUCAGAUCAUAAGUUCAAACAGGCAGUCUGCUACUAGAUAAACAAUAUAAACAACCCUACUGAGGCAUUUGAGAAGAAAGCAUGUUGUUUGCAAGCAAGGUAGCCAUCAAAGGUUUCUAUUUCUGGCUUGAGGCAAACUCUUUAUUCGGGGUAGGGGCAGCUGACUUUAAAAUGCCUGCUAUUUGCAUUGGAGCAAAAUGUUGAUCCCUAUCUUUGUGAAAGAGAAGGGUGCAAAAGGAAAAUAAUAGAAACAAGAUCAAUUGUGAUAUGCCGGAAAUUCUGUAGCAUACAGAGAGCAUUUUAUAGUUUUUUUAAAAGGAGAAUAGACCCAUUAAAUCUCAUUAAAUAUAUCUUCAUCUUUCAAGCAGCAGGCUGUUGUCUCUAAAGAAAGAUUGUUCCUUCACAAUAUUCUGUUACAGAUGUUGCAGGCUUCAUUUCAAUAUAUUGCCCUUGACAGAAACUCCAUGAUAACCUUUUCUGCUAAACAUGGAGAGGUCAUGACCUUGACUAUAUUCAGUGGCUACCAUUGCAUAAAAAUGAUGUAUUACCAUAGUUAGAGAUAUGGCUUGUCAAUGUGGAAAAAGUAUGUUACUAUUAUUAUAUUACAUUGCAGUAUCCCCUUAUAUGCCACCUUGGCUGUUAGCCUAGAUCAGGGGUCAGCAAACUUUUUCAGCAGGGGGCCGGUCCAUUGUCCCUCAGACCUUGUGGGGGGCCGGACUAUAUUUUUUUGGGGGGGAAUGAACGAAUUCCUAUGCCCUACAAAUAACCCAGAGAUGCAUUUUAAAUAAAAGCACACAUUCUACUCAUGUAAAAACACCAGGCAGGCCCCACAAAUAACCCAGAGAUGCAUUUUAAAUAAAAGCACACAUUCUACUCAUGUAAAAACACCAGGCAGGCCCCACAAAUAACCCAGAGAUGCAUUUUAAAUAAAAGGACACAUUCUACUCAUGUAAAAACACGCUGAUUCCUGGACCAUGCGCAGGCCGGAUUUAGAAGACGAUUGGGCCGGAUCUGGCCCCCGGGCCUUAGUUUGCCUAUCCAUGGCCCAGAUCAUCAAAGCCUUCUGCCAUAAGAAUCCCCCCCCCAGAUGUUCCUGUUAUUAGUUAGGUAAAGGUACCCCUGCCCGUACGGGCCAGUCUUGCCAGACUCUAGGGUGCUCUCAUCUCACUCUAGAGGCCGGGAGCCAGCGCUGUCCGCAGACACUUCCGGGUCACGUGGCCAGCGUGACAAGCUGCAUCUGGCGAGCCAGCGCAGCACACGGAACGCCGUUUACCUUCCCGCUAGUAAGCGGUCCCUAUUUAUCUACUUGCACCCGGGGGUGCUUUCGAACUGCUAGGUUGGCAGGCACUGGGACCGAGCGACGGGAGCGCACCCUGCCGCGGGGAUUCGAACCGCCAACCUUUCGAUCGGCAAGUCCUAGGCGCUGAGGCUUUUACCCACAGCGCCACCCGCGUCCCUCUAUGUUAUUAGUUAAGAUACUACAAAUAAAAGCGGGAAAUCACUCCAUCAUUACUUUGCAUGUUUCUUCAAAAGUUCCUCUUCAGCACCACCUUUGACAGUACAGGAAGUUCCCGAAUUGAUGGUGAUGCCACUAAGUCUCUUUUUAUCAAUGUAUGUAGCAUGAGCUGGCAACAUUGUACAGUACUGAUCCUAGGAAAACCUUGCCCACUGAGCUGGCAUAGAGCUACCGCAAGAGAGUUGAUAGGAAGCCUUCAUGUUUGAUCCGCUUCUAACAAUUUGUGCAUGUAAUGUUAAGAUAAUGUAAAAGGAGAGCUUCCUGUUUCCGGCAGUGGGAAAUGGCUGACUCCCAUACAACUGGACCCCAGCUGUGCUGGUAAUUCAGGGCUGAUAUGGGAGUAAUUAGCUCUGGCAGACUCCCCAUGUUGGGGGAGGACUGUUUCGUAGACCUGCAGAUUGUCCGAGAAUGCCGACUUGCAUCAAGGUGCAAGUGGCAGGACACUGGGUCGCAGAGCACGGUACGGCCGGCACUCUCCGAUGCCAUUCUCAUAGCUGGGAAUAUCUGUUUGACAGAUUAUGCAUUAAGAUAUAUCCUUAGAUACUAUCAGCACAUGGAGGAAGAUAAUAUUGGCCAUUAGAUGUGCUAGUGGUUUGAUUAAGUAUGCCAACUGUUUUGUAAGUUUGGAUUAUGUUGUAUAAUGAGCAGUUAGUAAUACAGAUGGCAACAAUUUUGCUCGUGUCCAGUUGAUGCUCAAUCCCUGAUCCAUGGGUCCUUUUGGAAGAGGGCAUAAUGGGGGCAUAACGGGAGUUGUGAAGUGGGGAUGGAGCACAGUGGGGCAGGGUGGGCUUGUUUGUGCUUCACUAAUGUGUGCGAUGGCCAGGAACAGAACCCCUGCAUGAAACUGUCACCACAGGUGUUUUCCUGUUGUUUUGUUGAAUAUAAAGAUACACUAUGCCCAUCAAGGGCAGUCAGAAACAGACUUCUGCAUGUGAAUUGCCAUUUCAGAUUAGAAUUGAUGUACAUGAGGAGUUCACAUAUCAUAUGGUACACCACUGAACAGAUGGCUAACUGUUAACUUAGAGGAAAGACCUUCAAAGUGUUGACAACUUGUACAGUACUGUAUUUUAAUGUGAGAGAUGCUUAUGCUUCCCCUACCCAUAGAACUAGGUUUAUUGUAUAAAUGUUGUUUUAUAAUAGCACAAUAUAAUGGUAUUGCUGUUGUAAAUCAAAGGCUAGUGUUUCAUUCAUUUAUUUAAAAGAUUUAAAUCUGUGGCUAGGUCAGUCUUCCCUAGGUAAGGCCAUGGUUGCAAAACCAGCCCAAGCAACCUCCAUCAGUUGCAUCUCCCUAGACAGUGCUGGGUCCAGGAGCAUUCCCUGACCCUGACUGUGUACCUCAUCGUUCAGAAAAAAAGGACAGCAUCUAGGGAAGUUAGAUAAUACCAUUUCUCCAAAUGCAGCCCAUAGGUUAAGCUGAUGUGGACACAGAAGUGAAUAGCAAGGCUGAGACACAAGGCAAAGGACAAGAAUGAGGCAGAGUGAGGAACAGUAUAUGAACUGUACCUUGCGAGUGACUUUUUUUGGAGAGACAAGGGACUAGAAAGUAUUUAACAGCUGUAACAGUAUUUAUUUAUGCAGUGUUUAUUUAUGAGCUAUUAACUAUUAAAUUAGGUAACAGUUAAAAGCAGAAUUUGAGUGUUCGAAAAUUUUGUAUAUAAAACAAAAAUUGCCAUGAAAGAGCAGCAGGAAGGUACCGGUAGUUUUCUAAGCUUAAAAGCAACAGCAAUUACUCAGGUGCUGGAAUCUUUGUAAAUAACUUGUGAGGAAGGGUUUGUUUGCUGGUGGCAUUGACUGUUCAUAUGACUGGUCUAUAAUUACAAGUCUAAAUUGUUUAUUUUACUUUUUUAGUAAAGUACAAAUCUCUUAGAUGAAUUCAUAUCUCAAGUUAGUGUGAAAUAAAAAAAACCCUACAGACUAUAACACGUUUUCAUGUACAUUAAAGAAAACAUUUAGGUUUGCACUAUGGAAGUGGAUUAAAGCACUCUGGCACAACAAGCUGGACUAGAAAAUACAGGAUGACAAUCAGGUGACAGGAAGCAGUAUAGGAUGAAUGUGUAAUAAACAGGUAGUCUGGAAGUGAUCCUAAAGAAACUUCGCCUGCCUCAGGAUGGAGUGUGAUGCCUUCAGAUGCCCUUGCUGGAGGUGGUACUUGCUUGACUUAUUAAGGAGUUAUUUGCUGUGACUGUUUUAACUGUGUGUCCACAAAGGAGUUAAUCAGAGAGUUCACUAUAGCAGCUUGAAUCAUAAAUGAUUCUUCAAGGCAACCGACUUAUUGCCUCUCAAAAGGUUUCCUUUAUUAAAUCAAAUGGCAUGAAGUUCUGCCAAUGGAUUGUUUUGUCUUGUAUUGUUUUUUUAAAAGAACCAUACAAAUGAAAUGGCAGUGUGAUUUCCCCAGAGCAAUUUGUUUUCACUGGUUAUGGGUUGAACUGAAUUGACUGUCAAUAUUUUCCUGCCUAGAUUAGUCUAGCAUAGUUUUGAGGAGGAAAAUGGUUAAAAAUUCUCUGCAAAGGUAUAUGUUUUUUUAACCUUCAUUGUUAAAUGUUAGAAGUAUUACAUAAUUUAAUGUAUUUUUUGUGGAAAAGCUAUGUAAUUAUUAAAGUAAUCCAACAAAAGUUCCCAUUAUGUUAUAGAAUUGGAGGGCCUUUAUUCUGCAGCAUGAAACAGCUGUUAGGGGGAAGUGAAUAAAAAUAUAGCUGGAACUCCUGUUGGCUCCCCACAUAACACAAUUAUCCGUGAGCUAUAAAAUUGAAGUUUGUGCAAAUAUGCACAAGUUCUUGCUUUGUUUAUUCAAAAAUCUGAAAUAGAGACCAGUAUAUCCAUUAUUCCCAUACUCUUCCAUCCCUAUUUAUAGUUGGAGGCAUAUCUGAAAAGAAUCUAAGAGUAGUAUUCACUGUUACGUAAAGUAGACUUACUGAAGUUUAUCUAUUUUUAUUAAAGUUUUUCUUGGUUUACAAAAGUACAUGCCUCUUUUCUCAAGUUGUACAGUCUUUUCUACAUAUCAGUUACAUUUGUUAUGGGAUAUUAGUGUUUUCUAGAUAGCUUCUCUUUCUGUUCGCUUGUUACGUUUCCUUGGUAGUGAGAGAGGUUGGGGGCCCAGGGUAUGGUUAGUUGGCUGCAAUGGGGUUUGCUUGCCUUUGUGAGGCGGGAUGGCCUUGUUGGGUCAAGUAAGCCAAAUUGAUUCGCAUGCUGUUGGUGGGUUCUUGUUUGGUUUUGUACGUGAAACAGGGGAGCCAUACUGGGGUGAAGACAUCCUCUUCUAUUUGUCCCUGUGUCAGUUUCAGAUUAUUGGUUAGCUUUUCUAGUAAGGCUGUUUCCCACUGGUCCUUGUUCACCCCUGACAGGUCUCUCCAGUGUCUGACUGUGAGGCUUCUGGCUACUGAGCGUAGCUGGGUUAUAAGCUCUCUAUAAUGUGAGUGUUCACUGUGAUAUUGGAAGAUGUUCAGUAGGGGGUCAUUCCAUGCCAAAUCACCUGGUGCCAUGUGCUCUGACGACUCAGAUUUUCUUCAAAAAAAAUUAAUGUGUAGAGAUACCUAUGAGAUAACCUUUUUUAUUUUUAAAAUAUUUUUUGGUCCAAAAUUGGAGAAAUUUUAAUAAAUUUUUUUUCAUGUGAUUUAGGCUAAUGCAAUUUCUGUGUCAGUUUAGAAAAAAAACCUCCCGUUUCGCUUAUUUUUAAACCAAUUGGGCUUAUUUUGGUAUCAAAAUAAAGCUAAUUUUUGUCUCUUUGAAACUAAGGUAUCAAAUGGUAUUAAGUGCCACAGAAAAGGGUCACCGACCAUUCAAAGUGAACUUUAGUCAUUUCGUACCUUGGUAGGUUUGAUAAGCCAUAGCACGCAAACCACAACUAACACAUGUAUCAUACUUUUUUUUGUAGAAUGGGCUAAUCAUGAACUUGUUAGGUUUUAAAAACAAGAAGGGUGUUUAUCUGUGGUUAUAAAAUACUAAAAAAAUAAGUUUUAUUAAUUAUUUAAUAAAAACAAAAUACGUCUCGGAACCCUUGUUCAUUUUAUUGUGUGAAAAACACUUCUGCAAUAAUAUGGUCAAAGCUAUUUUGUUUCCCACACAUAUAAUAUGGUCAGUGAUGCUGUUUUGGCCACUGUGAGCAAUAUGACCUUUCUGAAUCAGCAAGAAAAAAAUGUAUUUUAUUAUUUUACUUUCCAAUUACAGGGUAGUUUGACUAUGGGAAUUCAAGCACUGAUAACCUAGACUAUUAUAAUCCACUUGGUGUAAGGGGCUACCCAUGAGAUUAGUUUAGAAGCUGCAGAUGAUACAGAAUUCUGAGGCCCAGCUGUUUCAAGGCAUUUGCUACCAACUAUAUUCAAAUCUUACUAAUAGUAUAUAAAGCCCUAAGUAACUUGGGGCUGUUGUUGUUUAGUUGUGUCUGACUCUUCGUGACCCCAUGGACCAGAGCACGCCAGGCACUCCUGUCUUCCACUGCCUCCUUAAGUACACUUGGGGCUAGUGUACUUAAAAUAUUUCCUUAUACUUCUGCCCAAUCUACAAUCAUUUGGUGGUGCCUAGCUGACCUCAACAAAUUAUGCAUUUAGCAUGGGAGCACCAGCAUUAUAGAACACUCUACCUAACAUAAUGAAGUCAGCAUAGUCAGUAAUGAACUUUGAGUGUCAGCUUAAGUCUUGGUUAUUUCAGCAAGCCGCCUUAUGAAAAAGAUAUAUAGUUUUCAUGUCAUGAUUUAUAGUCAGAUGAACCAUUUUGUAAACCCAUUUCUUUAAUGCAUUCUGCUUGAUUUUGUUAUUUUGUUUUGGUUUUAAUUGAUAUUCUCUACACCACAUGCAUAUGUUUUUAUAUGUGUUUGUGGUAUAGAAAUGACUUAACAACAACAACAGUAAUAGUAGUACAGGUAUAAGGAUCUGCUUAUACCAAGUCAGACCAACUGUUCAACUAUCCCAGCACUGUCACCCUGACAGCAAUUCCUCAUCUAGAUAACAAGCAGUGAUUUUUUCAGGCCUGCUGCUUGAGAGCCUUUUAACUAGAGAUUUGGGAGGGACCGUAGUACAGUGGCAGAGCACAAGGUCCCUGGUACAAUCCACAAGUCUCCAUUUAGAAAGAUGAAAUAGCAGGUGAUGUGAUAGUCGUCUGCCUAGAACUCUGCAGCUAGUCAGAGCAGACAGUGCUAGGCUCAAUGAACAAAUAGUCUGACUAGUAUAAGGCAGCUUCCUGGGUUCUGAUACUUCCUCUGAGAUGUCACAGACCUUCUCUCGGCAAAGCCUAUGAUUUUUCUUUAAGUCAUGGCUAUUUCCUAAAAAAAUUAAGUAUAGAGACCUCUUCUCUCACAAUAAGGUAAGAACUGUACAAAUACGCAGGUAGGCAGCACACAGUUAAGUCACAAAACACUCUGUUUCUUUUACACCAAUUGCUUCAGUGUGAAGAUGCACCUUAUUGAAGGAUGACAUUUUUUCAUGUUUCAAAGCCUCCCCCCUCCCUAAAAUUGUUCAUAAAAUGUACACAACUGGCCUGUUGAUUCUGUGCCUUUUUGUUUUGUUUUCAAGCCUAGUUUUGUUUCUUAAUUUUUUUAAAAAAAUCAAAGACUAAGCUGAAAGAUGGAACAGAAUAUAUCGGAGAAAAAACCAGCCAUCGCCCAGACUGCAGACUUCGAUGUAAUGGGUGCCUUAGACUGGAAAGACGGCAUUGCCACCUUGCCGGGUAGCAACAUACAAGUAAGGAAAAAAUAUAAGGGAUAGGGUAAGCAAAGGCCCUAACUUAGUAAGAGUUACCAAAUGUUCUUUUGUCAGGGUAGAGAAAAGACGUGCUGUGAAAUGUAUUGCCCUCUGGCAUUACGGUAAUUGGAGCUCUGGUGGCAAAAGCAAACUUGAGAUGCCAUCACCAAACUAAGUUAAAUUUUGCUGAGAUUUCUGCUUGCCUGCUGAUUUAGCUAUUUGUUUUUCCUGCUAUGCAGUGAAUCUGGAGUUUCUGGAAACAAAAUGUCAGUGAAGAAGUAUAACUCACUGAUUAUGCACCAAAACAGAGAACUACUUUAAUAUAUUUUCAGCCACAUAAGUACACUUACUAAAGAUAAUCACCCUGUUUUAACUAAUUUGUGACACAGAGGAAAGCUCUCUUCUUAGCCGUGACUCCUUGGGUACCAGUAUUAGACUGCAGAAUAAUAACUGUAGUAGAAAAAAACUGCAGCAGGGAAAAAAAUAACUGCGUUACGUUGUCUGGACCUGGUGACAUCUAAGCCUCUACCAAGAUGUUUCCUUACACACCUGUGUAUUAUAAGAAAACUUGGAACCCAAGGCUGGUUGCUGGCAGCCAAAAGGACAACAGAGAAUUGCAUGGUGACAAUAGGAAGGAGAGCAGAAGAAACUGUGGCUGGUUGUACUGAUCAGAGAGGCUGGUCUGAAGACUGGUUUGGCUUGUGGGCCACCUGUUGAGGAACAGGGCCUUAGCUCCAGCUUUUGGGAGGAGAGAAUAGCUCAACUUUGCAGUUAAUCUGCAUCUAAUUUGAGAGUUUUAGGCAAAUAUGGUUUGUUGGAAUGCCUCUUUUAUACAGACUUUUUCAUUACAGAUUUAUCCCCAUCCCACCUGCUAACUGAUCUCCAUAAUGUUAUUUAUUUAUUUUUUAAUUAAAUGUGUUAGCUGUCUUUUUAAAAAUCUCAAAGUGCUAUAAACUAUUGAAGGAUUUAAUAUGAUAAAUAGCUUUAAGGAUGAAGACCCUGUGAAGUAAUAACUGUGUUGCAUCAUGCUCAGAGGGCAUUUUCCUUACCCCUGAUCUUUUAUUCUCUUUUCCUCUCUUGGGUUCUAGUGUGGGCACAUAGCCCAUGGGGUGUGAUUUUAAAGAUGAUUUGAAUUCUCUCUUUUCAGAAAUUGAGAAUGGGCAACAUUGCAAUCAGAAAAUUUGUCAGUCAUUGUUGGUAUGAUUUUUAAAGAUACAAAUUACAUGCCCCCCAAGAGUAAUGUUCUAAUAAAAUAACCACUACUUCAUCAUCAAUAUGAAAGUCUGCCCAGUAUGUCAUAUCUAGGCCUUGGCGAUAUAUCAAUAUAUCUCCCAGGACCGGUAUGAGGAGCUUCACUUAGUGGUAUAUCUCUGGGGGCACCGCCAUCGCUCCUGAGUCUCUCUGCUACCAGUGUCCACUAGAGUUCCUGCCUCCAGUGGCACUGCUAGCAGAGGGACUCAGGAGUGGUGGCAGUUUCACCAGUGAUAUAUUGCUGAGUGAAACUGCCAUCACACUCUGCCCUCAUACAAUGCAGAGGGAGAAACUUUCCCUCCCUCUCCAUCUUUAAACUGCUCGACUGAGGGCUGUCUCAGCUGGGGAGAGGGAAGCUGUCCCCUGCCUAGCUGAGUUGCGCAAGCAAACUGCAUUGUCCCAGCCCAUGAGCGCCUGGGUGAAUCCACCUCAGUUCCUGAGGAGAUAGCUGGGGCAGUUUCACCAGGUGCCUCACGGGCAGAGGCCUAUGCAGCUUGUUUUUCCAACAUUGCAGUAUGUCACCAAACCACAAUGUUUGGCUAGUGAUACACCACAAUGUUGAAAAGCUGAUAUCACCCAGCCGUAGUCAUAUCAUCUUGCCUUUAAUGAGACAUAACAACUGUAGUGAGGUUCACAUUGUAACCACCUACGUUUGUGUCUAUAUACACUUAGAUCAUUCUUUUGUUGCUCUUCCAUUUAAAAAGUAACAACAUAGGUGUGACAAUCUAUAAUUAUUGAUCAGCACGUUGGCUGGUUUGCAUUUUUUCUCAGUCAAGUAAAAACAAUGCUGUAUUAUCCUCGGAUUUGUAAGAAUGGCUCAAUUUGAUUACAAAACAAAUGAUAAAAUAUUUUAUUUAUAAAAUGCUUAAGAAUGCUUAACAAAUCUUCACUUGUUUUUUAAGGGUCUUGCAUUAUAGUCCUUUUUAUGUGUUUUAAAAUACUGUUCUGCCCUCUGUAAUGGGUGAAUCUCUAAAUACAUGGAGAUGCAAGUGUACUGUGAGCAACAUCCAGUCAAAAAGAAGCCCUUCUGACAUCAGUGAUUUCAGUUGGAUAGUUAGGUACAUGCUUAAAUAUUUCACACUGAAUUCAUUGGGACUUAGGGUGAUAUCCAGCUAAGUCAUAAGGGUGCGGGUGGUGCUGUGGGUUAAACCACAGAGCCCAGGGGCUUGCUGAUCUGAAGGUUGGCGGUUUGACGGGGUGAGCUCCCGUUGCUUGGUCCCUGUUCCUGCCAACCUAGCAAUUCAAAAGCACAUCAGAGUGCAAGUAGAUAAAUAGGUACCGCUCCAGUGGGAAGGUAAACGGCGUUUACGUGCGCUGCUCUGGUUCGCCAGAAGCAGCUUAGUCAUGCUGGCCACAUGACCCGGAAGCUGUACGCCGGCUCCCUCAGCCGAUAAAGCGAGAUGAGGGCCACAACCCCAGAGUCGUCCGCGACUGGACCUAAUGGUCAGGGGUCUCUUUACCUUUACCAGCGAAGUCAUACUUUGAGUAAAGUAAAGGGACCCCUGACCAUUAGGUCCAGUCGUGACCGACUCUGGGGUUGCGGCGCUCAGCUCGCUUUAUUGGCCGAGGGAGCCGGCAUAUAGCUUCUGGGUCAUGUGGCCAGCAUGACUAAGCCGCUUCUGGUGAACCAGAGCAGCGCACGAAAAUGCUGUUUACCUUCCCGCCAGACCGGUACCUAUUUAUCUACUUGCACUUUUGACGUGCAGGGACCGAGCAAUGGGAGCUCACCCCAUCGCGGGGAUUCGAACCGCCGACCUUCUGAUCAGCAAGUCCUAGGCUCUGUGGUUUAACCCACAGCGCCACCCGCGUCCCAUACUUUGAGUAGACCCAUUGAAAUUGCUUAAGGCCAUUGAUUUUAUUGGGUCUACUCUACUAGCGGAUAUCAGUCUUGGUGUUUACCACUAACUGGUAUUGUACCCUGUCUGUUGAAUAGUUUGGUGAAUUGUGGCAGAUACUGGUUAAGUGCUUAUGGGGACUGAAUAAACAUAAACUGGAUGAUACAGCAGAAAUGUUUACUAGUACCCAUGUACCUUGCUUUUUUUGAAAUUCAAAUAAUGUACACAUCACUUCCUGAACUGUUCAGAGACAUUCUCCUUCUAGGUUAUAAUUGCAUGAACCAUUUAGGGGGUUGGUGCUCUAGCACUAUAGGUGUAUACCAGUACCAGCUUGAUGUGCUGAGACAUCCCUCCAAAGCAGCAGAUACUGGCAACCAUGGUUUUCACUUUUUAGAUUUUGACUCUAAGCAGAUAACAUUAUUAAGGAGUGCUUACUCUCCCUCAAACAGCACUAUAGUUUUGUAGAUCUUAGACUGUGUAUGUAAUCAUUCCUCAUUAUAUUUUUAUAUGUUUCAUAGGUCUGAAUCAUGUUUACCGAUGAUGUCUUUCUGUAUGUACAUUGAAAGAAAUGAGUACUCAUUUAAUCUGUGUCUGUGCUGUACUAACGAUGCCCUAGAGAUUAUUGUCAAUGCAGUAUUUAAUGCAUUUUCUUUGCUAUUAGUUCCUUUUUACUCCAGUCUACCUUGUUUCCUUGUUGACUCUCAUAUACUGUUUCCUUUCCUUCAAAAGGCUCUUUUGUUACAUGUUUACUCCAUUCACUUUUUCUUCCCUGCAGUUUCGUUUAACUGAGUUUGGGACACUGGAAAUAAUUACAGAAGUUGAAGCAAAGGCUACAAUAGCUCUCUCUGCAUCAUCAAUCAAUACCAGUUCAGCCCUUAACUUGUCUACCUCUUCUGUGCCCAAUACCAUAACUGCUUGUGGUACUGAAGGUGAGCCUUAGACUCAUAGACCAUAUAAUGGAACAAGAGCAUGAAGCCAACAUAAAAAAAUUAAAAUGCUUCAGUUACGUGUAGCAAGAAUGGGUCUUUGUAGUAGCUUGCAAUCUGGUGAAACAUUUGAACUGCUUGUAAUUUUUAUUCAUUUAGCAUUAUUUACAGUCACUGUUUAUAUUUGUCCUUAGGAACAGAAACAGUAAAACAAGAGCGCGACUUUGAACUUUGAAACAUUGUGGUUUCAGCCAUCAGGACUCCUGUUCUACCACACGGGGGGGGGGACUGGAGUGCACAAUUUCCCAAAUUAUGUCUUUUGUCCAAUAUUUUGCACCCAGAGCAAUCUUGUGGGCAAGACAUUGUUUCUGGAACAGGUUUGCUGGGAUAGAAUGAAUAUUUUAUGUAAUUAUGGAAUGCAUUAACAUCAACUCAUGUUAGCAAUCUUGAAUUUUCACUGGAAAAGGGGAGAACAUUAGCAACUUUCUGUUGUUUCUGGUGGUCAGAUGCAGUUUCUUAUUACUAAUUCUUGUUACUUUUACAUUUGUAAGACAUUGCUAGGACUGUUUACUGCUAUUAAAUUCACACAAGAGGAAUAAAUGCACUGUUUGAAAACCAUUUAAGCUUAUAUAAAUUUAUGCAGUGGGGCAGAUUCACCUUCCUGACACUGAUAUUGCUGCUACAUGACACUGAUGUCAGGAAGGUGACAUUGCUGGACUUCUCUGGCCAUUCCUGAUACUUAGAUUGGCACCAUCUAAGUUAACCUGGUUGUAUUGUCUCUAUGCAGAUUAUUGAAUAUACUGCCAAGUUUUGUGAUUUUAAACAAGGAUUUAUGAACAAAAAUGAACUCAUGCUGUAUGAUUACUAACUGUGUAAUGCUACACAUUUCCUCCUAAGCAAACUUUGUACAGUUGGGUACAAUUUUCUGUUUUGUCCACAUGCUAUUGCUGAAGAUUUUUGAUCCAGAACAGAAGAAUGAAUCCAAGUAAAGUACACAUGAAAAUAUGCUUAGAUAUAGGCAUAAUUUCUUUAUUUUUCUAUUUUUUUUAUCAAUAUUUUUUUGUUAUUUUCUUUAAACAUACACAUAAUUUCUUUAUAAAGUCAUAGUUGCUUGCAUAUAUUUACUAUGUCUACACAAGUUUAUUAAAAUUUCAAAACAGAUACACCUUUAUCUGACAUCCAUGUAGAGAGUUACCGUAUUUUUCCAUCUAUAAGACCCGCCCAUGUAUAAGACUCUUUUUUGGGACUCCAAAUUGAGGAAAUGGGGGGAAUUGCCCCCAUGUAUAAGACAACCCAAUUUUUAAGCUUAAUUUUUCAGGAAAAUAACCUAGUCAUACGCGGAAAAAUACGGUAAUUUAUAUUGUAUUCAUCAUAUAGUUAGACCAAUCUCAUUCUUUUUUGUUUAAGUAAGUAGAUUAUUAUAAGACCAACAUCAUUAUCAAUUGAUAAAAUAAAAAAUAUAAAAUUGUUCCCAAAGCCAGAACCAGUAACAACAAGGUGCAUAUAAACAAUCUAUAUAUUAAAAUGUCAUUUCAAUACGCAUAGUUAAUGACAUUUUUAGCUGUUAAUUUUUGUUUCUGUUUAGUUACAGCAAAUCUGGCUUAAAUGUAACCUAUUUCUUUCAGACAGAAAAUACAUUAUCUUAAUUACAUCACCAUAUCUUUAAAUCACUUUCUUUUAUUGAAUGUGGCCUUAAGGUAUAUGUUUAAUGAGGUGCCUAUAACUCAUACUUUUUUGCCACAAUACAUUUUAUUAGCCUAUGGUGUUAAGACUCUUCUUGCUGUUUUUGCUGCAGCUAACAUAGCUUCCCCCUCUGGAAUUUGUCAAUAUAGAUGAAGUUUUGAAUUUGUCAUUUCAUGGGGUAGGUGCCUAGAGGCUUUAUACAUUUGACAAAAUUCAAAACACUAUUCUUCUCAUCUCUAAAGUUCACCCACAGUUAAAAUACCCACAGAGUCUUCAUUUGUUUGUUGCUUUGGCUUAAAUGACUUCACAGACUCUUUAAAUACCUGCUCCAUGGUGUUCAGUUUCCUUUCAGGAAUGUAAAAAAAUGUAAAAAGCUCCAUGAAAGGUGUUAGAAGUCCCAAAUAAUUUUAUUUUGAAUUAAUCAGUGCCUAUCAUCCUUUUUUUUGCAGUGUCCAAGGACAAUAUUCCCAGAUCUGAACUCCAAACCUGUGAAAAUAACAGACACCCUGGGAAAAUGGACUGUUUUGAGAAUUCCCGUCAGGAACCUAGAGACAGGUAAUGUCUUUGGUCUCCUCUUUUGUUUCAUGGGACACAAGUGGAAUCUGGAUUAAUCUAUAUUUAUCUCUGUAUUAAAAGAGCAAGUAUCAAUUUCAGUAUUUUUUUUUAAGAUGUUGGAAAACAGGAUGGCUGGCUGCUGGUGCAAUAACUAAAUAGUAAGGCUGCAAUCCUACACACUGAGCUGGGAGUCAAUACCAUUGAACUGAGUGAGGUUUACUUCUGAGUGUAGGAUUGCAGCGUAAAUCACUUUAUGAAAGAAUGAGAUAGCAUUCAAGGUGGAGACUGGCCCCAUGUAUUGAUGAGGCACUGACCAAGACAGAUUAAGGGAGGUAGUGGUUUUCUCUUUAUCAGUUAACAUUAUUCAAAAGAGAAAGAAAUGCAGUUGUUGUUUUCUUUAAACAGUAUUCUUUGAUUAAAUUUAAAAUGUCUAAUUAUCUUUCAAAACAUUUAUUUCCGCAUGACUGAAAGUUAAUUCUCAAUACUUUAUUCUGAAAGCUGGAAAAAACGUGUUCAGAAAGGUGGAAAAAACGUAUUGAACCUCUGAUCGUUUAACUGCCCUCUGCAUCCCCAUCUAAUUUAAAAACACUGUAACUAUAUAUAAAGAAUACUCCAGUUUGUCUGAAAUUCAUUUUAUUCACAUAUUUGUGAUUGCUUUAAAUAGAUGAGUUAUAAUACUCAAAAAUUUCAUUAAUUUGAGUAACUUCUAACUUCAGAUAAAUUAUGUUUUGCCACCUCAGUUGUUUCCCACCAUAACUUUCAUACUCCAGUUUUGCAUUUUUAGUAAUGCUAAACAUUGAAGUAGCCCAUAAAAAUUGUUAGGAUGGUAGCAAACCUGUCACUCAAAUGGGGAAGUUAUAUUCCUAUUUACCUCACAAGACUUCCUCUGCCACAGCAGAAAAAUGAAUACAUAUCCAGUUUCCUUAUAAAAGACAAAAUGAAAUGAAAACUCAUCAAGCAAGCUGUGAUAGGAAAACGGUUGGUGGUAUGUCUGAAGCGUAAGAAGGCCACAUUGCAGUAUAAAAGUGUACAAGAGCUUUUCUUAAAGGAAAUUAGCUCUGACGCUUUCAUUGGCUCAUAUUGAAUGAAAAUGUAAGCAUUGUUUCAACUUUGCAGUGCUUGUUUUCCUUGAUGUGAAAUAUUCAGUGCUAAUAUGAAUGAAGUUCAACGUCAAGAAAACCUGCAUGGUUGUGCAGUUGACCUGUGCUUCAAGAGAGGUCACUAUUGUACAUGAUUUUGGUUUCCUGAAAUUUGAUUAAUUGCUAAUUAAGAUGCCAGUUAGUACUAGCUAUUAAAGCUUAAGUCCCGAACAUACUUCCUAGGGAGUAAGCCUCAUUGGUCUUAGUGAGACAUGUCUGAGUAAACAUGCAGCAGGUCGGUUUUCAUUGAAGAAGCUGGUCUUUGAAGUAUCCUUGCCCCAGACCAUUUAUACUGUAUUGCCUUUUAAAUCUGCCAGUCCAGAUGCUUCACUGUUAACGGGAAGGGUAACUUUUUGUAACUUCACAGGGAUACUUUGCACUUAUUUUAGGUUUUGUCUCCUAGUAGAGUCUCUAAGGACACCCCAGCUGACUUCGGGAAACAGACAAGUAGCAGCCAGAUGUAUGAAACAGACAGACCUUCCAAGCGCCUACGAAAAAAGAGGAAGUUGCUUUUGGAUUCUGAAGAUGAGGAAGAAAAUGCAGAUGAUGAUGAGGUAUUACAGGUUUAGUUGGAAUCAUAACCAAGAGGCUACACUUGAGUCGGGCAGUGAUAUAUGUAAAUCUUGAAAACUUUUUUGAAUUAGAAGCUAAUGUUAACAUUUUACAUUCAGAAAAUAUCACUCUGGAAAGUUUAUAAAUAUAUAUAUAUUUAUUGUGUGUGUGUGUGUGUGUGUGUGUGUGUGUGUGUGUAUCGUGGCGGGGAUACACUAUAUGGCAGGUUAUGCUUUCUUGUUUGUUUUUUUCAUUUCUACCUUUCUACCAAGGUACCCAAGGUGAGUUACAAUUUAAAAUACUAAACCUUUUUAUUUUUAUAAAAGAAUGAAAAUGUCAAUCAUAUGUAUGAAAAUCUCGGUGUAUUUUCUUAUCAUUUUAAAAAUAUGUCUAUUUCUAGGAAAAGAAUAAAUUGAAUUUGAAAAACCGCAAGAAUGCUAAACCAGUAAAGCAAGGUAAGCGGAAGGCUUAAUGCUGAAAAGCUGCUGUAUAGUGAAUAAUUUUGCAGCCCAGAAGGCUGGAGCUGUAGAACCCAUAAUAUAUCUAGAAUAGUAGAAUUAAGGGUAUACCAACUUGCUCAGGUGGCCGCAAAGCAUCUGGAUCAUUCAUUCUGGCAUCAUCAAACUAGAGUCCCUCUUAUGAACAGCAAGCUGAAUAUGAUAAAUCCUGUUAAAAUAAACACUGGAAGAUAAAAUUGAAAUGAAACUGAUAAUGAUUGAUGGGCUCUUAAGCAUCAUCUUAAAUUAAAUUACAUCCUCAAAUAUUGUUCAUCUUUUGCAUUAAUUUGUUGAACGCCUUUACUAAAGUCAGAGCUGGAGACAUUUACAGCACACUUAAUUAAGUGGAACUUGGUAAAUAUGUAUAAGAUUGCAGCCUGUUCAUAUUCCUCAUGAUCUGUUGGCUGGCCAUUUAAUUUCUUUUAGAUUUGCUUUAUUGCUGCUAAUGGUUGCUCAUCUUAUAUAUAUUUUGAAGGACUAUGGGAAUUUGUUGUUUUGUACUGGUCAGUAAGGGUCUGUUUGACCAGUGCACCAUUUACAGCUAUCUAGAAACAAGAAAACCAUAUUUAAAUAGCAUUAAAAGUCAGCCUCAGAUAUUUACAACGCAGAAAAUAUUUUGAAAUUUAUGAGCAGACAUUACAAAAAACACACCAAUUCUGAGUAUUCCCCCCCCCCCCGUUUCAUUUAGAAUUAUUAUAUAUGGUUAAUUUUGCUGUGUUUUUGUAUAAAUAACUGUAAAUGCGUAAAUAAUUAAUUGUAUGUGGUAUGUUUGUAAUUUUUUAAAAAGCAACACCAGAAACCAGAUCCUUCCUGCAAUUAGUUUUAUUCAUUUUUUAAAUAGCAGAUAGUUUUGCUUAUUUUAGUUCCCUAAUAUAUAUUCUAGUAAGGGGAAGUUGAUAGCAUUUGAAUUGUUGGACUGUUCUUGAAAGCUGCUUUCCAUCUAUUGUAGAAGAAACGGCUUACCUUUGGAUACCCAAUGUGGCAAAUAGAAGCACAUGUGUGUGGAUCUCUGCUUCAGUGCUUUGCCCUGCAGAAAUAAUUUCCCUCUCAUUCUGUCUUUGCUCAGUUACUCCUGGAAAGAAGCAUGUGUGGAACUGGCUGUCAUACUUAGAAGAAGAAAAAAUGGCACCUGCUCCACUGAAACUCUUCAAAGAGGUUGACAGCUCUUGGAUAAUUUAUUUAUUUUGUUCAUGUGACUAUUUAAUUACUUUGUGCAUUUGGUUAACAGAAUGGGGGGGGGGGGCUGGUGUUGUUUUGGCAUGUGCUGUGGUUCGUACAGGAGAAAUAGAGUUUUCACCUUGUCAAACCAGCCUAGAGUUCUUGCACACAAAAGAGUUCUCCUACAGGGAGGAACCAGACAGGGUUGACUUACUUUAUUUUGUGCUGCUGCAACACAGGCUAAAGAGCUAGAUUUACUGGUGGUGUUGUGUUGGCUAGGUGGCUGGCUGGCUGGGUAGUUACAUCUUGUCUAAAGGGUGGUUCCUGAUGCCUUUCCGAUAAUAUCCUAAAAGUUAACAAAGCUGCCUUUUGGGUCAAUAUGCAAGUUUGCUUGUUAAAAGGGAAAAUGUGUAAUCAAGCCCCACUUCUGUUUCGGUCUUAGGAAAAAUACAGAAAAACUCCCUUGCUCCUUUCAUUGUUUCCUCUUUGUAGUCAGGAAUUGUUUGCCCAUUUGGAUAGGGAAGAGCUGUCACUACAGAGUGACCUGAGCUGUUGCAACAAGGUGCUGCUCCCCAAAACAGCUUGCUAAUGAGAUAGGUAGCCCCGGGCUUUCUCAUUGUGAGGGAGUAGUAGACAAGAAAAGGGGAGAGCAAGUGCUGCAAGGCAAAGGCCAACUGCCAUGGAUGCUUUUGCUGAGAUUCCUGCAUUGCUAGGGGUUGGACUAGAUGACCCUUAGGUCCCUUCCAACUCUAUGAUUCUAAGAAAUCUUCAAUUACUGCCUGUACUGGAUGCCAGAGAAAUGAACUAAUAUGGGCAGAGGAGGGUUUUAUUUGUACUUGUUCCCCUGUUGAAAUGGGAAUAUGUCAGUCACUCACUAGAGAAAGUUUAAUAGUUGUGGGUUUUUUUAAGUUUGCACUCAACCCUUGUUUUAAUUUGUGCCUUAAGUAUGUGAAAUUGCUCAGCGCUAGGAUCAUAUCUUAGCCAGUGACUGUGUGAAGCUAGCUUUAGCUUUGCUAAUUAGCAUAGUGCUUAUAUUAAUUGGAUCCUUGACUUUUAGCAUGUUGUAGAUUAUCUGAUUAAAAAAUAAUCAUUACAAGUGAGGGUACAAGUAGCAACCAAUUGGCAUGUCUAAAAAUAUGCAAGAAGCCAACCUCUAUAGAAUGUGAAUAUAGCACGCAUCCUGUCUGAUACUGAAUUCCCUCAAUUUCCAUUGAAAGGAAAAAAUAGCACCUUGUAACGCUGGGGAAAUGUUCAGUCAUCCUUUUUUUUCUAGCGGCACCUUUCAGCUUUGAUCAGUUAUGUCUAUAAAGAUCAACUUCUUGGUGGAAGUAAGCAUUGGUUAUAAAAGGUUGUUUCAGAUUCCCUCACCAGAAUUCCUUUUAAUUAUCUACCUGUUCUUAGCCAGGGUUUGAGAGUUACGACUCUUUUUAUGUCAAAACUUGAAACUUUGUUCUUGGUUGAUGUUUACAAAAGUCAGAAGAAGCUACGCAUUUCAGGUAUCGUACCAAGUCACAAUUCAGAUGUCAAACCAAAUCAGUUUUGUGCUCACGAUAGUUUAGAACUAAACCAAUGGAUUGAGUUUCCAAAUGUUUAACAGUCAAAUCAUGGUGUGCAUCAGGGUGGGGAACCUUUUUGACUGCAUGGGCCAGACCCUUAUCAGGAUGCCUUUAGUGGGUGGGGCUGUCCAUUGAAUGGAAGCCACUUCUGUUUCCUUGAUCAAGGUGUGUUCCUACCACCCAUCAUCUUAACAUCAGGUCUAGGGCAGGUGGGCAUUACUUCCCCCAAGUGGCUUUGUGGGCCAAAUGAGGAGGCCUGGCAUGCCAAGUUUGGCCCACACGCCAGAUAUUCCCAACCCCAGUCUACAGACAGUUUUUGCCUGCUUUUGUUUUCCGAUCUGCUCAGCACUUAGCUCCUUAAGUUCAUUUCUCUCUCCAUAGAACAGCAGCCUCUGGAAGUGAAGUGAGGGCCAUUACCAUGGUUUGUCAGUUCUGAUAUCAUACCGACUAUAGCUCAAAAAAUGGCUUGCAAAUUAACUUCAAACCAUGGUUUCCAAUUCUUGUUUGCUGACUGAUCACAAGCCAUGGUUUUUCAUUUCAGAGUUAGCUUAACUAUAGCCAACUGAUGUCUGAACUGAGCACAGAAGCUGCUUGUCUGAUGUGGCAGAACCACAAUAUUAGCUUUCUAGUAGUGACAGUGCUGCCAGUUGCCAGGAGAUGAAGGGGUGGGAAGGUCAAGGUCGUGUGGGUGCACCAGCAGACCUAAUCCAGUGCUCUCACUGUUGCACCCACUAUGCAUUGACCUCCCCACUGCCUCACCCCACUCCAUCGUGGUAAGUGACAGUGACGCUACUGCCAAAAAAUUAGCACUGCAGCUCUGUCCCACUGGGCAAGCCAUUUCUGAUGAAUCACAGUCUUCAAAUCAAUAUAUUUGUGAAUAUAAUUCUGAUAUAGAUGUCAUUCACCUUCCAUCUCUCAGUGUAAAACAAGUACAGAGUUAGCAAUCUCUGAAGUUACCUCCAUUAGAGAAAACAGAUUACACAAAAUAACUAGAGUUCAUUUCCUUCUUAUUUUCCCCAUAGAGUAUUAACACUGCAACAAGAAAGUCUUCGUUGAAGUGUAAAAUAAUGUUUUCCCUCCAUUAUUUCCACUGCAGUCUCAGUCCUUUCCACAAAACAAAAAUGGAUUUAAAGUUGGAAUGAAGCUAGAGGGCCUAGAUCCUGAACACCCAUCCUUAUUUUGUGUGCUUUCUGUUGCCGAGGUAUUUGCCUUUCUUUGUAUUGAAAUUAACAAUAUUAACUUAUUUUCUGAAUAAUAAGGGGGAGGGGAAAAUAGACAGAGGGAAGGUCUUAAGGCAUGCCCUGGAUCAGUGAGUUAAAACGAUGUUUAAAGAUAAUGCUUCACAUUCUAUUUAAUUAAAAAUAUCUUCUGCCUAGAUUUUGUUAUUUUAAAUUAAACAACUUUAAUGGUUUUAAAGUCAGAAACAGAUCCUGCCAGACUCAAAGGGUAUUUUCAGGUAAACAAGACAAUCUUUAGUGUGUGUGUGUUUUCUUGGGCGUUUACUUGAAUUACUGUAUUUUCCGUCUAUAAGAUGCCCCCAUGUAUAAGACGCCCCCUAUUUUUGUGGCAACAACCAAUUGCUAGUCCACCCUCGGCAAUAUCCGUGUAUAAAACGCCCCCAUAAUUUUUGACAUUAUUUUUAAGGGAAAAAACCUAGUUUUAUACACAGAAAAAUACGGUAAUUUUGAGGCCUGAAUAAAUGCCUACACGUGCAAAAUGGAUCUACUGGUGGGUGGGUGGGAGUGAGUGAGAGAGAGACUCAACAUCGGUGUGACUGGACACUGCAGCGUAGAGACUUGAGUUCCACUGUGACAAUAAGCAUAAAACAGACUUUGUGGAGGAGUCCCUACAGCUAUAGACAGUAAAUUUUAAAAGAGAGCAUUUCUAUCUUUUGCCAAAGAUUAUAAGGAGAUGGAAUCAAUCCAGAGUUAAGUUUAAAAAACAAACCCAAACAAACAAAAAACAACCCUAAGGUUCAUUUGACUCAUGAAAGGGAUAACUUUGAGUUGCUUCAUGCUUACAGGUGCAAGGGUACAGAGUGAGAUUGCACUUCGAUGGUUAUUCUGAGUGUUAUGACAUCUGGGUUAAUGCAGAUUCUCCAGAAAUCCACCCUGUUGGAUGGUGUGAAAAAACAGGUCACAAGCUGCUUCCUCCUAAAGGUACAUGAACUUAUUUAUUUGUUCAAACAAGUGCAUUUGGAUGUAAUGCUACGCCACAUUUUAGCACCUUGGGAACACACAUGGAUAAGCUUCAAGCUUUUAUGCUCCCAUCUCAUGGUGUGUGUGUGUGUGUGUGUGUGUGUGUGUAUGUGUGUGUGUGUAUGUGUGUGUGUGUUAGAACAGAAAGUUAAAGGCAUCUAGUUCCUGAUUUGAGUUUGUUGUAACAUCCACACUUGGAACUCUGCUUAGUUUAAACAUAGGUUUGCUGAAUCAAAGCUAGGUUGUUUAAUUUACUAUAUUGUGCCAUUUCAUAUAAAUUGUAGUUAGUUCAAACAUGGAUGUGGAUGCUUCCAGUCUCCUUGCCAGAGGAGGGGGAAGUGAGGAGGGAGCUUGCAAACUCAUGGCUCGCCUGUGCUCAUUCUGAUAGCACUAAAGUUAACAUUGUUAAAAAUGGGAAGAAGUAAUUGAAAUCUAAACCAAUAAGUAGCCACUUCACAAAAUAGAAAUGGGUACAUAUUAAAUAUAACAUUUGCACCUACCUUUGCUUGCUUGCCUUUACUUGUUUGCGUAAACGAUAUUAAUAUUUGUAAAUAGCUUGUCAGGAAGGCAGUGCAUAAGGGCAAUAAAUAAUAAAAUGAAUAAAUAAUAAUAUGUGAGAUGUUGAGACACCGUUUGUCCACCCUGUGUAGAGCAUGGAAAUAAGCUGCUGAAGCAGUGUAUUGUUUGCAGUGGAUCAUGUAUGGUAAACCUUAGAAGACAGAAAUCUUACAGGACAGAAGAGAGUGCAUUCACUUUUGCUGUAGUUUAUGAAGCAGUUUUCUUAUAAGAGAAAAGACAAACUUUUUUUUGAUGGAGCCAAGCAAUGGAAAAUGUAAAAUAAUGAGAAUUUCUUUCAGUAAUGUGCAAUAUAGCAAAUGCAUUCACUACUUUUUCCCCCUUUUAAUGUUUCCUAGAGACUUCUGAAGUUUCAGAUUAAUGAUUAAGAACUGCAAUAAUGUAUUUAAAAGACAGAAGAAAAUGAGAGAUAUGUUAACUGAAGCCUGUAACUCCUGCCUAUUUCACAGGGGCAGCUAUUAUGCAAAGUUCACAUUCUUCCCACAUCAUUUCUAUUUCUGAAAAACCAAUCUGAAUGUAGCAGCAGCCACUGUAUAAAACAAUACUUUUAUCUCCCUCUCUCUCUCUCUCUCUCUCUCUCUCUCUCUAGGUUACAAGGAAGGGGAAUUUAAUUGGACAUCAUAUUUGAAGAACUGCAAAGCUCAAGCUGCCCCCAAAGCUCUUUUCAGAGCCCUGAGCACGGUAAGAGACAGUACUGAUGUUUUAGUCUUUUAAAUUCCAGCCAUUUCUAAAGCUUCAGCCAGGAUAUUAUUGUGCCUUUUUCAAAUGCUUGGAACAGAGGCUGAAUCACUAAGAAACAGGGGAAUAUCAGAUGUCAAAUGAGAAACCUAUUUAAUUUCUCACUUACAUUUAGUAAACAGAGUUUAUUGUCUGGCUUUUUAUAUAUGUGCACAUGGCAGACACCUACCCAAGCAAAGAAAGAAUUCUAUCAUCUGACUACUUACUAGGUGAUUUGGCACAAACUAGAUUGUAUUUUGUCAUAUUUCACUGGCAUUGGCUACAUUUUACCAGAAUACCAGAACUUCCUCAGUCCUUGACGGGAAAAUAUUUGUUAUAUGUGUACUUACAUCAAACACAUUUCUGCUCAUUUGAAUAAAUGCAUUCAUCUUCCCCAUCUCCAGCAUUUUUUAAAUAGCUUUAGUUUGCUUCCCGUUCCACUCUGUCAAGUAUCUUUGCUUGUACAUUUGCAUAGCACCUUGUCCAAUCUGUAGCCUGGCAAUGGUUGUCAAAUUGUGUUGAUUUCAAUGAAUGAGAAGGGCCUUUGUAACUCUUCCAUGCAGAGUAGCCUUGUGGAGAAAGUAAGAUCUGUUCCAGCUUUUCUUUGAAUACAAGAGUCACUUUCCAGCAGCAUUUUACAUAGUCAUAUAAUUGUAAGGUUGGAAGGGAUCCAAAGGGUCAUCUAGUCCAACUCCCUGCAAUGCAGGAAUCACAGCCAAAGAAUCCCUGACAGAUGGCCAUUCAAGCUCUGUUUAAAAACCUCCAGUGGAGAGUCCACAACCUUCCGAAUUUGUCUGUUCCGCUGUCAAAGAGCAAGCAACCCAUUUUUCAGCCAAGAAUUGUGCCAGGAAGCUGUAACUGUAUUUGUGGAUAAACUAGCCCAGACAUUAUUUCUUUCACAUGAUUGUGUCUGCAGGGCCACUCUAUAUGGAAACGUUUCAUAUAUUUGAACAAGGUCAGGGUCUUUAGGUUUCAGUCUGAGUGAUCCUCCUCUAUUUAUGGGGAACAUCUGCUGUAUUUCAGAGGAUUUGUCCAGUAAUGUGCCAGAACUUGCUGUUACCAUAGUAGAAUUGUCAUAGGAUUCAGCCUCUAGCACUGAAUUUUGAUCCAAGUGGAAAAUAGCAUUUGCAUUCUGCUGUCUUGAUGUCAUAGCGGAUUAUAGUUUAGAGGAGGGAGAAGAGGUUUGGAUCUAAAGGUUCUCCUCCUCUGGAUGAAUAAAUCCUUCUAUCGGAGAAAGGGAAAAUUCAGAAUGCAAUACCACACAUGUAUUGCCAAGUUCGGUAUUUAAUAUGUCCAGUUACAACAAACUCACGAACCAUUCCUGGGAAGGAUUUCUACCUGAAACCUCUUUAGAUGGAUAAAUUUAUUCAGCUGCUAGAUUAACCUGCUAGUUUGACCUGGUAUAGUUUGUUUUUCGAUGAGACUUUCCCAUAUCUAACAAAUUCUGGUCUUUAAUGUCCACUGGAACAUGUGAUUUUUUUUAAAAAAAUACUUUAUUAGCAUUCAUUAUACUAAUGAAGCUGUAAUUUCAAUAAUCUAGCUAACUGCAAUGUUUUCUCAAUUUUCUCCUGUUCCUUAGCCAGUCACACCUUCUGGUUUUCGAGUGGGAAUGAAGUUGGAGGCCGUAGACAAAAAGAAUCCUUCUUUAAUGUGUGUAGCAACCAUUGCAGACAUGUUGGAUAAUCGGCUGCUAAUUCAUUUUGACAACUGGGAUGAAAGUUAUGACUACUGGUAAGUAAAGAAAUAUCUCCUCUGUUCACGCAACUAGGGUAUUGCUUGGCAUUGCCUAGAUAGAGAAUGAAUUUGAGUUAGGAUGAGGGGGGUGCUAGUUCUGCAUUUUGAGUCAGGCUCCAGUUCUGAAUUUAGAUUCAUCAGGUCUUAUUCACUUUCUGAAUUUCUGAAGCUGUCCUACACACGCUUAAAUUUCAUUUAGAUGUGUGCACCUUUCCUCCAAGUAAAUAUGUUUGGGCCCAGUUGUUUGCUUGUGACAUUGUCAAAACUUGCAGAACUGUGUACAGCUCACAUCUCUUUGAAAAUCUAGGGGGAAAAUAUUCUUUUACUUGCAAACUUAUGCAUGCUUACCAUUUGCCAUUAUGAUUUAAUUAUUUUAGAGGUAUGUGUAUGUAUAUAUAACUAUAGAUAGGUAUAUUGUUGCAAUUUUGAGUCACCCUGGGAGUCCUGUAAAGGACCAAAACCCAGAAUAUAUAUGUAACUGAAUAAAAUAAAUGUAGUCAACAUUUAAGUUUUUCUAGCUAGGUCUUAGCUAGUAGAGAAGGAUUAUACAACUUGCCUUAGGAUCUACAUACAUCUGGAACUUUCUUUGUUUUGUAACACAGUUUUUAUUCAUUUUCAUCUUUGAACUGUUUAACAUGGUUGCAUUGAGAAAUAUCUUUGUUAACAUUAGAACGUAUGACAUGCAACAAUUACAUAAAAUUAAAAAUUAAGCAAUAAAGAUACUGGGAACUUCUGAAGGUGCUCUAGACCCUCUAAAGGGCAGGCUGCCCUACAGUAUAAGAAUCAUUGGCUUAUCCGUUCCCAUGCCUGCUGAUUUCUCCAUGAAAAUCCAAACCCACGCCACAGCUGUAUUUAGAUCUGUUUCUCCCUGCCUUGUUUCUGACACCAGAAAUACACCCAAAUGGAGGAAAGAAGGUUACGGGAGACAUUAGGAGGGGAGAAUUGAUAAGUAUGUGAAAGGUUAAGCACUCUUUUCUCACAUUCACUAAUGCUUAACUACACAUGUUCCUCAUGCCCUUUCAUUCACAUUACUUUAGCAAUUGUGGGUUGGGAAUGUUCCAAGUUAGGGUCGAACUACACAUCAAGGUUUAGGAAAUUAGUGAAUAGUUGACAGGUGAAAAGGAUAGAUUGGUUGUUCCGUGCAGUGAACUGCUACCCACUGAAGGACAUCCAAUCUAUUCUCAUUUCUGAACCUUUCUCAUUGUAUACAAAUUUUAAGUCUUUUGCAACCUUGAUUACUAGAAGCAUGCUUGGAGAAAAAGAAAGAGCACUGAGAAUCCCAGCAUAUCAAAUUAUGCUGCACAUACCAGGUUCCUUAAAAAAAAAAAAUACAUCCUGACUUUCUUCCAAGUGGAAUUCAAGGCAGGUUCUUAGCACAGGUGUAAAUGCUUUGUAGAUCAAUGCAAAUAUAUACAGUGGCUGCUCACACAACAGUCACACCAAGAGAGGAGAGGAGGCAAAAAGAAAAGAAAAAGAAUACAGGGGAAAGCUAUUUAAAAAGGCCCGGAACCAAGUCUGAGAACCAAGCCUUCACUGACCACAGACAGAGUCAGUCUGGUUAGAGGGAUGACUCCUCUCAAUGGAAAGCAAGCAUAGGGUCUGACUGAUCCCUCCAGUAGGAGGCAUCAUCUUAUUUUAGAAAUGUCUUUCACCUGGAUCUUCAAACGGAAAUCCACAUUUUUCCUGCCUCCCAAGCACUAGGAGGGAUUAUAACCCACUUGAUACCUUCUUAUGUUGAAUAAGAGAAAACCCUUCAUAGUAAGUUCCAGUGUUUUGGUCAUAAAACAUAGUUUUAUGACUUUUAAAGCAAGUGGCUUCCAUGUGUGAUCAGGUUCAGCAAAGAAACAUCAGAUUCAUUCUUUCAUGUACUGGCUGUGACUGGAACUAGUUCUCUCUGUUUGAUCCAGGUGUGAUGCUAGUAGCCCUUAUAUUCGACCUGUUGGUUACUGUCAAGAAACUGGAACUCCCCUUACAACACCAGCUGGUAUGUUGAAAGUUCACAAGUCCCUGUCGCAUUCUAAACAUUUGCAAGAUGUGAUCUGCUCUAUGUGUUUCAGAUGUCUAUGAGGUCUGUUCUGGUGUCUCCUCCCCAACUAAUUCUGUUAGAUUUGUAGAAUGGGAGACACCCCCUGCCCUGCCCAAGAGGAUGGUCAUAUCCUAAUUCCAUUAUGAUAAGGGUAACUGCAUGCUGGUGCUGGGUCACAAAAUCAGGUCUUUGUUGACAACAUGAUGUAUUGAUGCUGGCUUAACAAUAGGGGGGUUCCUAGCAACUCUCAGCACCCUUGGCAGCCUAUAGUUCCCAGGAGUCUUUUGUGGGAGGCCAUGACUGUUUAAAGUCGUAUGAUACGGCUUUAGACAUAAAAGUACAGAUGGAGCUCUAGACAGGAGUUGGGGUGGGAAAGGAGAAUUGAGAGCAAAAAGGCCUUGCUUAAAAGCUCAAAAGAUCUCCACAGUGGGCUGGAGGAUCUUGCUGGUGAGGACAGGUGUUAUUACUCCUGACUGAGGUGACUGAGAACAGUGUGUCACACACUGCUUCAGGGAGGAACAACUGUAGAUUCGGGCCAUUUGUCGUGGAUGCUUUAGUUUAGAUUCCUGCAUUGCGGGGGGUUGGACUAGAUGAUCCUCAAGACCCCUUCCAACUCUACUGUUCUAUGAUUCUAUGAAGUCUGGAGGGCAGCUCAUAACAUUCACUUAAAUCACCAAGUCUAUUUUUGGCCAAUCUCUAAGGGUGUAGAAUUUCAACUUAUAAGUUUUAGAGGUAAUAAAGGUGCUUUAAAAGCCACUUUACAUACAGAAAAUGCAGUAAAAUUAACUUUAAAAUGAAAAUGAAAACUAAUGUAGUUAUUGUUAUGAUGUGGACCCAUUUAGUGAGUUUUCUGAGAUUGCAAGAGUUAUGAAUGCUAUACUAGUUUCUACGUAUUAUAGGCUCCAUACCAAAGACUUUGAACUGGUUUAGGCUUGCACAAUUACUCCCUCCCUCACACUUUCCCUAACUACUACUUUUGUGCCAAACCAUAGUUUGCUUUUGCACAAACACUGGUAAAUUCUGGUUUGUGCUUAUCCUCCAGACCAGAAUUAAAAGCCAGGAUAAAAGUUUGCAAUGUUUGGAGGGCAAGAACAAGCUAUCAUUUGUUCAUUUCAGAUAUGAUGACAAACUAUGAUUUUCCAUGAAAGGGAUGGUAUUGCAGUGCACAUAUGAAGGAGAGAGCAGCUCGUACACCAACUGAUGAAGUAGCAUAGAUGUAAAACAAGCCUAGGCACAUAACCUGAAGUGGAAGCUUACACUAUAUAAACAUUUCUUAAAGUGAUUUAAUUUCUUAUUUCAGUUCCCUUGCAUAACAAUGUAUUGUUUGGUUAAUGUACACUUCCUAUCACUUACAGUUGUAGUUAAAGACUGAUAAUAUUCCUAAACCUCUUUGCAGAAUACAAGGAUUUCAAAAGCUUCUCAUGGGAGAAAUACUUGGAGGAAACUGGUUCACAGGCAGCCCCAGCAAGAGCUUUUAAACUGGUUGGUCAACAUCUUUUCUAGUUUUAUAUUGGUGAAUCACAACAUUAAAAGCUAUGGUUUUACUUUUGUACAGCUCUUAGUUAUAGGUGGAUGAUUAGGAUGAUGAUGGUUACUGCUGCUGCUAUUUUAUUUUAUUAUAAUUAUUUAUGGAAUAUUGGGUGCAAGGCAAAUUAGAAACCAUGAUCUAGAUAAACUAAGUGGGUUACAUGAAAUGCUUUAAGGUAGCAGUAUUUUUUUUAAAAAAGCUGGUAAAUGGAACUGGCUUUUUGAAUUUUAAGAACCUAAGACGAUCAGCCCAUCUAGUCCAACAUCCUGUUUUCACAGUGACAAAUCAGAUGCCUGUGGGAAGCAUGUGUGCAAGAGCAUUCUGCCUACUGUGAUUGCCAGUAACUGGUAUUCAGGGAAUUCAGAUAUUGUAUUACUUAUAUGAUGUUAGCCACUCUGAGCCCAGCUCCGGCCAGGGAGGGUGGGGUACAAAUAAAAACAAUAUUAUUUAUUUAUUAUAGUGGAGGUAGAACAGGGCCGUCAUGGUUAGUAGCUGUUGGUAGCCCCAAUCCUCCAUGAAUUUGUCUGAUCAUCAUUUGAAGCCAUCCAAGUUGGUGGCCAUCACUGCAUUCCGUGGGAGCAAAUUCCAUAGUUUUAACUUCAGUAAGCCCACAACUUAAUGGGGGUUAGGUUCUGGGGAUAGAGCCUAAAACCAAAACUGCAUACAGUGGUGCCUCAGUUUAUGAACUUAAUCCGUUCUGGAAGUCCUUUCUUAAACCAAAACCGUUCUUAAACCAAGGUGCGCUUUCCCUAAUGACGCCUCCCGCCACCGGUGCCCGUCCACCGUUCGGAUUCUGUUCUUAGACCGAGGUAAAGUUCUGAAACCAAGACACUAUUUCCAGUUUUGUGGAGUUUGUAAAUUAAAUCGUUCUUAAACCAGACUGUUAUUAAACCGAGGUACCACUGUAUAGAAAAUAAAAAUAAAAAUGGGUGCAGUGGUGGGUGGGAUUACUAAAGUUUCUUUCCCCAGACAUCCACCCUCUUUUUAUUUAUUUUUUUAAUUGCCAAGCACAUACAGCUGAGUACACACAAGUUAAAUGCACGAAAGUUGUGAGUGUACUGUAUAUGCUGUGUGAAGGAAGUAUUUUACCUUUAGUCAUAUCGGUACAGAAACAAGUUAACAAAGACAUAUCUCAGCAGCUAAGCAAAAAUUUUAACAUGGAUCAGUUAGACCUAGACUAAUCUAGGCCUUCCAGACUAGAAUUUCUACUCAGAGUUGGGUUAACUUCCAAUUCUAUAUACAGUUACUUGGUAAGCUAAGUGAACAUGUGUUGGAUUGUGAUUUUAAUUGUAGUUACACACCCAGAGGUUGAAGGUGUUGAUUACUUGGUUUGCAGUCAAAAGGAACGCUCCUGGAAACAUGCCUGUGCCUCCUUCACAUAUAACAAUAAACCAUAGUUUAGCAUUAUGGGAACAAGUCAGCUUGAGCUCCACUCUCUUUCAUCUCCGCCCCCAGUAUGUGCCAGAGGACAUUCACUUUCUAACUUAAACUAAUGUCAUUACAUCUGAACCACGCCAAACUACCUCGUUUCAACUUUGGUCUAUUGAAAAACGCCAUUUGCCAGAAACCAUAGUUCGAACUACAGUGGUACCUCAGGUUACAUAUGCUUCAGGUUACAGAUGCUUCAGGUUACAGACUCCACUAACCCAGAAAUAGUGCUUCAGGAUGAGAACAGAAAUUGUGCUCCGGCGGCGCAGCAGCAGUAGGAGGCCCCAUUAGCUAAAGUGGUGCUUCAGGUUAAAAACAGUUUCAGGUUGGUUGGUUGGAUAGAUAGAUACAUACAUACAUACAUACAUACAUACCUCCAGAACUAAGUACUUAACUCGAGGUACCACUGUAACUACAAGUUAGUUCAGAUGUAAGAAAUUGUGGUUAGUUAAACCAGAAAGCAACUUCUUCCAGAGACACUCUGGCAUGCACUGAGGAAGCUGCUGAUGGUGCUGCCCAAGCAAUCUUACUUUUUUAAUGCUAGGCUGUGGUUUAUCAUUACAUCCAGACUGCACCUUUAAAUUAUAUAUGGCUCACCUUACUCUCAGUAAUGCUUGACUGCAUUUGCAAUGCAUUCCUUUACAGCGCCCAGCUCAUGGAUUCCAGCCUAACAUGAAACUAGAAGCUGUAGACAAGAGAAAUCCCAUGUUAAUUAGAGUGGCAACCAUAAUUGAAAAAGAUGACCAUCGGGUCAAGGUAUGUGCAUUCAAAUAAGCCAUGGUGCUACUCUAAGAUUAUGAAAGGAACAUUACAUUUGAGCUUUCAAGAAAGAAAGCAUCUUCAGCAGUAAUAUGACAGCUUGAUCUUAGUCCCCCCAUGAAUUGCAAUGCUCCUGCUCACUAUUGCUGGAUGCUAUUGUAAUGCCACUUAUUCUGGAAUGACAUUUCUGAAUUGAUUUUUCUUCCCCUUGAGCAAUUCUCUGUAUGAAUCUAACAUAAAUUUGCCAUGUUAGAGCUCGCAUACCUUGAGGGUGACUUGCAAUACGAACCUCAACAUCAGGUUAACCUCAUUUUUUUUUAAUGCUGAACGCCUCCACUCACCAUCCUGUAAUGAGUACAUAAACACAUCAACUUUGCAUUCAACUCAUUGUAUAAAAUGGAGGUUUGUCAGAUACAAAGAUUGAAAAUCUCCCUCAGUUCACAGAAUAGGUGAAGCAGCAGCAGAUUUUUCUCAAGUGCUCCUUAGUGGGCUCCUUCAGUUUUUAUUUAUCAGAAUUGGAUUUAAGCUAUAAGAGCCCUCUUGCAAGGUCAAAGCAAUGAUGCUUAUAGACCAGCAUUCUGCCUCUGAAAGUGCCUAAUUCAAGAUGCUCUAGAGGAAGCAUAUAAGAGACUAAGAAACUAAGAGUCUCCAGUUGAGCACCUACUGUGGUUUCAUUAAUAACUAUUGAUAUACCUGUUGACUAUACAUUUGUCGUUUUCCAUUGUUGGAUAUCCACAGUAAUUCUAUUCUGUGUAUCUGUCAAUAAGGUUCUUCUAGUUCUAAUGCUGUAGAUUUUGUGUUAUGGGUAAACAUUCAUUAGAAGUCAAAAGUGAUGCCAUAAACUAUCGGAACCAACAACUUAGAUUUACUGGGUAGUUAGCUUUACCCAGAAUAUUAUUUUUAACCCAGGAAAUUUAGCUUUACUGGGCAGUUUGUAUGGUUCCCCCCCUACUUGGCUGACUGGCUCCAGAAGGCAGUUCUUGGGGUGCAUUUUUUGACUCCAUGAGUUUUCCAGUAUGGAGUCCUGCAGGGGUCAGUCCCAUCCGUCAUGUUUAACAUCUAAGUGGGGUCCUAAAUAGUUUUGGAGCGUGUAAUCAGUAUGCUGAUGACACACAGCUCUAUUUCUUCUUUUCAUCUUCUGCAAGGGAGGCAGUGGACAUGCUGAAUCAGUGCUUGGUUAAGACUGGAUGAGAGCAAAUAAACUGAAACUUAAUCCAGGGAAGACAGGUGCUGUUAAGUGGGUGCUUCCUCUGUCUGGCUGAGUGGUGUGCAACCUGCUCUAGAUGGGAUCACACUCCUUCUGAAAGAGCACGUUCCUAGUUUGGAAGUUGUAUUGGUUGCAUUGCUGUCACUUGAGACACAGGUUGCCUCAGUGGCAGCAUGGCGUUCCUUCCUCCAGCUUAGGCUGGUGGCCUAACUAUGACCCUAUCUGGACAGGGAUAACAUGGCCACAGUAAUCUGCUCUGGUAACCUCAGGAUUGGACUAUUGCAAUGCAUUUUAAACGAGUCUGCCUGUGACAUUUUAUUUACUGGCUUUGUUUGUGUAUUUAUUAACUAUAGGUGUAUACUGCCUUUUUACACAUAUCUUCUCAAAGCGGUUUACAUACUGUUUUAAAUUAGUACAUAAAAUGAUAAAACAGUUUCACAAAUGAUUCAAAAGCAAUUCAGACUUAUUUCCAUGGAGCACAGUGGCGGCUAGUCCUGAUGGUUAUAGCAACCUCCAAGUUCAGUGGCAGUAUGCUGCUGAAUACCAGCUGCUGGGGAGCAAAAACAAAAGAGGGCUUCUGCCUUCAUUUUCUGCUUGUAGACUUCCAGAGGCUCCAGUAGGAAACAGAAUUGUAGACUAGAUGUACCAAAGGUAUGAUUCAGCAGGGCUCUUAUGUUCAAAAAGCACACACCCAGGUAAAUCCCUGGUUGGGGGAGAGUUUCAGUUUUGUCUAAAGCAAAACUAAGGAAGAUCAAAAGACUCUCCAGGGAAUGUAUUCCACAGCUCCAGAGCCACAACCAAAAAGAUUCUGCUCCUGUUAGAAGCUCUUAGAGUUGUUACAAGAAACAUUAUCUUAUGAUAAUGAAAAUGAAAUAAAGAGAGAUGAUGAAGCUGUUAAGAGGUAUGGAUAUGAACAUGCAUAGAAGAAUAAAUAGACUAUGUACGUAAAUGUAGAAGAAAAGAUGAUGUCUAUCUGUAAAUUUUAAAAUGCAAUUAAAAUUAAUUUAAAAAGGGGGAAAAGAAACAUUAUCUUAUGACUUUCAUUCUUUCUUCCUCCAAUAUGGGUUUCCUCCUCUUUAGAUACACUUUGAUGGCUGGGACCACAGUUUUGAUUUCUGGGUUGAUGCUGACAGUCCAGACAUUCACCCCAUGGGCUGGUGUGCAAAAACUGGACAUGCCUUGCAACUCCCACCAGGUGAGACAAAGAAUAAUGUUGUAGUUUCUUUCUCCCCUCCUUACCAAAUUAUUUAAAACAAGACUUUGAAAUCUAUUCCUGAACAAGUUUUGUUUUUCUAGGGACUGCGGACCCAUCAGGGGCAGUAGGACAGGGAUGCCCUACUCCUGGUUGUCAGGGAUUGGGUCAUGUCAGGGGACCCAGAUAUGGAACGCAUUACACGUACGUGUGCCCAAGAGUUAUGGGGUAAUUGCCAGCAGAUUGUAGGGCAAUAUGUACCAGUUGCCCAGCACCUGUUUAUCAAGUAAUGCAGCUUCAGUGAACUACAAAUAUGAAUGCGUGUCUCAGUUAUAAAAUGCUGUGCUUCUAGCUCCCUCUUGUGCUUUGUAUUUGGCUUCACUGACAAGCUUUAUACUGACACCACAGAAAGGUAGCAUCAGAACCUGGCUACAUAUUACAGCUACUCACAUGAGAAGAGGCAGCUCUAGCUGUUUAGAAUCUCAUGGUUUCAUUCCUGAAACUUUGCCAGCAAGAAGGGAAAGUUGGAGUGGCUUGAAGAGGUGUCCUACAACAUUCUCAACCCACCCAGGAGAAAGUUGAGACAAAGGAGCAAAGCUUGGGAAAGGAAUUGUGUUUCAUAGCUGGCUCUGUGUGUGUGUGUGUGUGUGUGUGUGUGUGUGUGUGCGUGUGUUUAGGAUUUCCAGUGUUUGUUGGGCAAAAAGCCAUUAAAUUGCUUCUCCCCAAUAAACUCUGUAAGAUUUAAAAAUUAAUAAGGCAAAGUCAGUAAGGCAAGGCAGGACUUUAAGCAAGGAGCUGUUUCUACUACUUUGACUCAUUGACACUCUCAUAAGUCUUUCUAAACAUGAAACUAAAACCAAUCUGUGCAAUGGGAUUCUUGCCAUUAAAAUAGCUGACUGCACAUAUAGGCUCUGGCGGGAUACAUGUUGCACAACCCAGGUGCAGCACUAAAAAAGCACAAGAUUACAUGGACUCCUCUGCUUUGCAUCUUGCUUUCUGCGUAAUAUUUCCUACAUAAAAAAGAGAAGAUUCAUAGCCUACUUUCUCAUGAAUUUCGGGAUUCUUAAAGACCUCCAGAGUGCUCCUUUCUGUUCUGUGCCACUAAGCUGGUGCGGGAUUGCAUAUUAGAAUGUUCCCCCAUGUUAAAAACUCCUAGAUUGUAAAAAGGUAGCAUAUUGGGAUAAGGAGAUUGUUUUUUCCUUCCUCCAGCCUUCUCCCUUGAUGUGCUAACUGGCCGUUUAGAGGAAGCUCUUUAUGUAGGGGAACAAACAUGAUGCAUAUGUUUUGCGGAGUGACAGUAUUGUUGUUUUGUUGGUUUUAGUUAUUUUGAAUUUUUAUCCCCCCUCCACAGCAAAGCUUUCUGAGUGGAAUUACAUUAAAAACCAUUUGAAAUAAAAAAAAGUUUUCACCUGUCACCUGAAAUCCAGAAUGGAAGGUGUAAGUGAACUUUCUUGGACAGAUAGUUUCAUGGCUGAUACAUAUAUACUGUCCUUUAAUCCAAAGACCUCAGAGUGAGGGACAAUUAACCUUCAGUAAAUAAUGGUACCAAUAAAAAUCAGGAUACAUAAACCAGCAGUAAAACAACCAGAUUGGCAUAAAAUCAAUCACACUUCCCAAAUGCCUUUGUGAAAAGACACGCUUUAAGCUGGCAUCUGAAUAACAUCAACAUAAAUGUUUGUCAAAUCUUAAGGUGGAUGAGAUUCCAGAUAUGGGAAGAGGUGUUUGUUCAGAUAGGCAAAAACUUGUGUUUAUAUUAUUUCAUUUCAUUUUUGAGGGAGGCAAAGCUUGAUUUACAGGAAGGAGAAAGAAACUUGUGUUUAAAGGUCAGAAUCAUUUGGGGUGGGGGUGGGGAAGAGUAACCAACCUAAGUUUUCUCAGACCUGUAUAAUAUGGUCCCAGUGUCCAGAACAAGUGAUGCAAUUCUAUUGGAAGACUAGGUUGGCCUUGAGAAUCUUAGCCAUUGAAAAGGCCGCCGAAAUGUAGGCAUUUUUUAGCAGUUGCCUUUCUGUGUUUGUGCCAGCUCACAUCCCCACCUGCUCCUUUUGCUUCCUUCUUUAAUUUGUGUGUUUAUUUUUAUUUUUAUUUCUUUAUUUGUAAAAUUAUUUAUAUUCCACCUUUUGGGGCACAGCCCAUCAAAGGUGGCUCACAAUAUCAUAAACUGAUGAUUAAAUACAGCGGCUGAAAACAUGGACAAAGGCAGCAGCAUUAACAAUCAUUACAAAAGUGGUUAAAACAAAGGCUAAAAAACAACUAUGCAGAGCUACAUUUUGAAACAGCUCCAAAGCAAAAGCCUUUAGGAAAAGGCAGUUAUAAAAAAAUGGGUGUUGGGUUUUUUUUUAAAAAAGACUUGUUCUUUACAUUAAGUCACUCUUCUCUUGAGCUGACCCACCUUACCCCCUGCCUCUGGCUAGCUUUUUAUGUGCCCUGUUUCCUGAAUUCUGGGCAAGAUUUUACUUUCAUUCAUGUUGCCCCAAGCUCAUUCAGCUACUCGGUGUUGUUGAAGAGCAGUCAUUUUGGCAGCUGAUGUCCUUCCCUCCUCCUUUCACUGAAAACUGCAUCUCUCUGCAGAAUUUCUGUUUUAGCCUGUGGCUGCUAAGCAUUUACUUCCCAGGAGCCUUUAUCUUACAUGCCUGCCAUUUGUUGCUCUUGCAGAGUUGCUGUAUUAUACUGCUUUGCUAGUUAGUAUAGGCCUCGGAGGGAGAAGGUGGAACAAUUGGGUUGCAUAAUAUUUUUCUUGUGGAAACAUUUUUCUGCUUUUGAUGUAGAUUAGUUGGCUGCCCAUAUUCUGAAAUCAAUCGCAGCAGGGAGAGUUCUUUACAAGAUCGUCUUGGUGGAGAAAAACCUUCACCCAGUGCUAGUGUUCAGAAGCCCAAGAAACCUGAGACUUCUGCAAGACUUACAGACCUUCAGGAAGACUCUCCACAGUCCAGGUGAAGUUUUAAACUAAACCUUAAGGCCUACUAUAAUAUUGGGCACAUUUAUUAAGCUACUCUUACACUGGUCUUGCUUUCCACUUGCCCCAGACUCUCCAGAGAAGCUUGCCUGGUGCCAAUAUUGUGAUCUUUUUGGUGCCAGGCAAAGAUGUCCCUGUUCUCUCAGGCACUUGAACAAUGAUACUGUGUUGGUUUUGUGGCCUUUUCCUAACAGCAGUUGUUGUUAACCCUGUUGCUGGGUGGGGAAAGAUUCUUGUUUUGUGACUGAUUUUGGUGGGGAACCUUUUUGUGUAUUUUUAAUUGCCCCACAGAACUUAAUUAGAUUCACUGACAGCUCAGCCAGUCCUAUCUGCAUCACCACAUCCUAUCCUGAGGACUUUGCCAGGCUUUAUCUGCACAAUCACAACCCUUAAUUUGUGAGGAUUUGCCCUGAGUUCUAAUUCAUGGCUAGUUGGGAGUGUUGGGAAGUGGUUUUUAUAGACAUAAAUAUUGUAUUCUUAGUAGAAAAUCAUCCACACAAGAUGGGGAGAGAUCGGGACGGAGCAGUGUCCACAGUCUUUCUGAGCAGUCUGAGACCAGCCAAGAGAAGGACUCAGUGGAAGGGGAAUCAUCUGCUGUUACUAAAAUCAAAUCAAAAGGGUAAGCAAAGCUGUUCAACUUGUUAAACCUACUCCCAAUAAAGUUUCCCACUUGGACCAUUUAGUUUUGAAGUGAAGGAAAAAUGUUGGGAUACUGAUUACAGAUGCAAGGGUAGCUUUCAAGGAGAAUUAAACAAAUUCAUGGAGUAUCAAUAAAUGUACCUGAACAAUUCGAAAAUCAGUUAAAAGUGACUGAGUCAAUUUCCAAACCAUUUUUUUUACAUUACAGUUGAGUGAUCCUCAACUGGCAUUGGACCCAACAAUUUCUAUUCCAAAGGGGUUAGCGGCCUGUGGCAGCAUAAACUUAAAAAGGUUUAAAGGGUAAAUUGUAUUGUGACAUAAGCAUUUGUGAAUCAGAGCUCAUUUUAUCAAAUGCUGGCUAAACAUGCUACAAAAAAUAUUUUGAAGCCUUUUAUUCAGCUCCGUGAUUUAAGCGUUCUUUGGAGAAGCAUUUCUGUCUCUUCUGUAUAAUUGUUUGCCUUACUGCCCAAAUCUGUGUUUUCAGGAUUGGUUGCUCACGUAGCUAUAUACAGCUCCAGCUAGUGAAGCAGGAGGCUGAUGGAAGAGGUUAGUUAAUUUUGUGUUUGUGCUUUUUAAAACCAUUGAAACAAUUGUGGAUUUACUGGAAAUUUGGUCAUGAAAAUUAUAUAUUUUGCUAAAUGGGUGGUUUCAAUGAUAAGGUGAAACUAUUUGUUUUGAUGCUUGCUGCCGCUUACAUUUCUCCCACCUCUUUUCUUCUGGCAAACCUGUUAAAAUGAAUGUUCAUUGUUUCUGCAGAGAUCGGAUUACUCAUUGGAGAGCCAUAAGUGUUCCAUCUCUUUCCACUGACCACUGGUCAAUAUAACAGAAAAAUCUACAAUCCAUAUAAAAAAGUGAGGGCCCACAACAAAAAAGUAGUGUAUCCCCAGCCCGUAAUUGCUCAUCUUCUAGCAAGCUUAUAGCACUAGCUCACAGAGGAGAGGUUUCAGGAAGUGGGAAAGGAAGAGGUUGUAGCUCCCCCCCUCCUUUCUCACCCUUCCAAAAACUUCAACCACUUGUGCUGUAACAGCACCAAACAGCUUUAUUGUUAUGUAUUGGGGGGAGGAGUCAUGUUGUUUCCCUAACAACCUCCUUGUAAAAUGCAGGGAAGGGAGUUGUACAAUCUCAUCAUAAGCAGCCCCUUUGAGCCCUAGUAUUCCUCAAUCAUUUUUAAACUAGGGGAGGAGUAAGAACACAUCAUUUCGCAGACUGUUCAGUCCUUGCUCUCUUAUAAGCAGUAUAUCUUAGUUAUUUGAAAAUGCCACUAGAUGUCACUACAGACCUUUACAAUAACCAUGACUUAAAAGGUCCUGGUGUUUUGAAAUACCUUUCUUUUUGUGUAUGUGUCCCGGUGGAGGAGGGGGAGCGGCAAACAUAAUUAGCUAAUGUUGUUAACCCAAUAAAUCAUGCUAAUGUUGUUAAUCAAAGAAAUUGUGUCAUGCGAUGUUAAUCAGUGGCUCCAGUAUAUGCUGCAUAGAUAGCCACAAAUCUUUACUGCACCAUGACACAGCAAUAAUCAGAUGAUCUUCUAUAUAUGAGAGGGAUAGAGAGGCAGGCAGGCGGGAGAUGUUUUCUUGUUCUUAAUGCCUCUAUUGUUUGACAAAUGGAGACUGAUACUAACGUCUGGAAGGAACUGCCAACCUUCCUGACCUUGGAGUCAUCUCUCCAGGGAUGUGACCAGUGCUUGUCAUUAUCUUGUAUGCAGAGUGCUCUGAACAGUAACUGUAAGCUGGAAUGGUGCCAUUAAUUUCCAUCUGAAGAUGCAGUUACCCAACCUCCUCCUCCUUGGCAAUCCCUCCUGUGUUAGCAUCGGGGCAUCUCUUCCCUGAGAGCAUGUGUAACAGCACAGGGCUUUCUUCUUUACCUUUUUCGGGAGGGAUGCUCUGAGCACAUCCAGCCCUGCACUUCUAAAUUGCACCUGAACAAGGACUGACUCAUCUUCUUUCCUUCCCUGCCCUCCCUCUUCCCAGACACAGCAUUUGCUCUGCAGCAGGCCCUCCACCAGUCUGUCUUCAUGCCUUCCCUUUCUGCAAACCCUACCCACCGCCUCCAUCUCUGCUGGGAGCAACACUGCAAGCUGCUGCCGGAGGUCUCUGGCCUCACCGCCAAGAAUGUGGCCAAAUGGAGUGUUGAAGAGGUGAGUUGUGCUUCCUGAUCCCCCCCCCCCCGUCUAAUUGGAAAGCAUUUUUAAUAUAGUGGUAGUGAUUCUUUUCUUCCUCUGCUUUACAGCUGUGGCUAAUUCAGAACUUUAGAUCAAGACACAUAGAUUUGCACGGAUCCUUCCUUGUGCAGCCAUGCCACUUUUACCAGCUGCCCCCUUUGGGGCCUCUUUCGACAAUGGCCUUUUCUGUGCUUGUCUGCUGCUGACUCACUUUACAUUGCAAUUGUCCUGCGCAUGCUUGCAUGACUGUGGCACAGAAUACCCCCACAGUUUGCAUGAUUGCUGACAGACAGACCCAUUCUGUUGAGACUAUGGGUUUACAGUCAAAACUAACGUUGUGCUUUGCUGCAAGCCAAUAUGUUUCCCCUGCAGUCAGGGAUUGAGUGACACAGCAUAUCUGAGCCGUGCGCUGUACAUUUGCACCAGUUGCCUUGGGAGUUAGCAAUCGCUAUACCACAGGCUGAAAGUGGUAAAGAGUGGUUUUGUUUGAGCUGAUUUGAGUGGGUAGAUGAAAGUCCAUUUGGUUUGACGGUCACUUGGCCCUAUUUUGAAAAUGUAUAAAUUAUACUUUUUUCAAGGGUUAUGCUUCACAGUAGUUGCAGUAGUUGUUCCUGUAAAAUUUAUUCAUUUAUGCUUCAAAAUUUGGAGAUGUUUGAUAUCAUGAAAGACUGACACUUCAAAAGUUUGAGCCAAAUGUUACUACUUUAUCAUUAACAUGUUGUUAUGAUUAUUAUUUUGAUUAAUACAAAUAUAUGAAGCCAUCUUAUACUGGUCUUGUUUUGAUAUAAUAAUAUGAUUUGCCAUUACAUGAAUGAGACUCGAGCUCACACAUUCACCUUUCUUGCUCCAGCAAGGCCAUGAGGAGGAGAUAUAAAGCUUUCAUAGAAACAUAAAAUUGCAGAGUUUGAAGGGGUCCCAAGGGUCAUCCAAACCAACCUCCUGCAAUGCAGGAAUCCUGCCCACAGUCAUCCCUGGGUGGGCUCGAACCACCAAACUUCUGGUUAACAGCCAGAGGCACUGACCCAUUGUGCCACAUUCAGUAUUAUGCCAUACCCUCCAGAUGCUGUUGUGCUGCACCUUUUAUUGUCCCUGACUAUUGGCCAUGCUGUCUGGGGCUGAUGGGAAUUAGAGUCCAAUGCUUGGAGGGCACCAUGUUGGUCACCCCUGGGCUUUAACUAUGAUUUAUUAAAACAAACCAAAUGAGUAUACUCUUGAUUGCCAUAGUUCUCCUUCCUAGGCCAGAGAGAAAUUGAUGUGAAUAUCCCUCUCAGUCCUUUUUAGCCAAAGAGAGGCAGCUGCAGUAGAACUGUAGCUUUCAUUCUGGCCUAAGCCAGAAUACAUCAGUCGGUCAAGCAUUGCAAAAAUAUAGAACUCCAGAUACAGUUUGCUUCAUAGUUACAUAGUGGUCCUUAUUCUGGCCUGGAGAAAGAGAGUGAGGUGACUGGAGCUUGAAAUAUUUCGAUUGGGAGGAGAUUACUUCUUUGCAUAGGGUACAGUCAUAGUUAAACUGUGGAACUCACUCCCGCAGGAGGCAGUGAUGGUACUUGGAUGGCAUUAAAAGAGGAUUAGGCAGGUUCAUGGAGGAUGAGGCUAGCAAUGUUGGCUAUGCUCUGCCUCCACAGUUCAAGGCAGUAAUGUUUCGGAAUAGCAGUUGCUGGAAGCCACAGGAGGCAAGUGUGCUCUUGGACUCAGACCCUGCCUGCAGGUUUCCCCCAAGCAUUUGGUUGGCCACUGUGAGAGUAGGAUGCUAAUUGAGGGCCAUUGGCCUGAUCCAGCAGUUUCUUGAGUUGUUAUGAGGGGGGAACACUUGCUUGUCCAACUUAAAGCCUCCUCGACUAGUUUGACUUCUGAAGGAGAAAAGCUAUGUAUUCAGAAUACAGCUCUUGAGACAACACUGUAAAAUAGUUGAGCUCUUUUUAAAAUUGCUGAUCAAACAAUUCUUAACGAUAAUAUUCUUUCUGCCCACCAUGCUCCUUUAAUCCAGUUAAACUCUGUAAUUGCAGGGGGAGAAUAUUAAACCCGCUAUCAUGCUUCAUUUAUUUUCUUCACCUUAAAUAUCCUUGAGUUUAUCUGUAUUUUGGAGAAGAACAUCUCAUUCCAAUUUCAAAAUCCUGGCUGUAGAACUCCUACUUAGUGGGUCUGACUGCACAGACAUUCCCUAGCCAAUCAUCAUCCUAGGAUAGGAAGUGAAAUUUAUUGGUAUGUGGCACUUAAUUUGCUUAUCACAAAUGCUGUAAGCUCAGAAGGAACAGCACUGUGAAAUCAUUGGGGAACUGCCCAACUUGCAUUUUGAUCUUAUGCAUGUUUUCUCAGAUGAAAGCCUCACUAGGUUCAAUGGGGCUUUCUCCCAAGUAAGAGGCAAAGGCUGCAGUUCUGUGCUCAUUAGUAUUUGAAUACCGAAUGUGUCAUAGUGGUAGUGGAAGCAGCAGUGCUUCUGAAUAUCAGUUGCUGGAAACCACAGGGGGCAGAGUGCUGUGUGUUCAAAUCCUGCUUACAGGUUUCCCACAUGCAUCUGGUGGGAAACCUGUAAGCAGGAUGCUAGACUUGAUUGGCUGUUGGCCUGAUCCAGCAGCCUCUUCUUGUGUUCUGAACUUUGUUUAUGAACUUAAAAUUGGAACAAGGAACCCAUAGCCUCUGUUAAAAAAAAAGGGGGGGGGAGGCCUCCAGCAUUAAGUAGUAAUACUAAUGAAACCAAAGAGGACAUUUUAAAUUUAAUUUUAGGAAAUUGCUGCAGAAGUAGGAGUGUUUCUCCUUCAUUGCAAAAUCUCAAGGAAAGCCUCGUUCUGAAUAAUCUUUACCCUCUAGUGAGAACCUAUCAUUUGAGUGUUGAUUAUUUCUCAAAUGCUUCUUAAAAUGUUUUCUAAAUGUAACUGGCUGGGAGGGUGAUUUUGUAUCAUGUGUGACAGUUUUAUCUCCCUUUUCGUUAAUCCCGCAGAAGAAAUUAAUACAUGGAUGGGAAUCCUGUCCAAAGCUUAGCAAGGCUGGUUCCUCUUUGCAGAAUUUCAAAACAGUGUCAAAUCCUACUUUCUUUUGUGCAUUUUUUUUUACUGCAAACACACACAGUUUAAAGCGUUUGCUGGGUGAACUGAGGGUCUUUUACAAUAGUGGCACCAUCUGCAGUGCAAUGGGAUGUGUUUAACAAUGUCCAAAUUCCUAGGUUUCACCUCCCCAUAUCUUAAUGGAGCAUAUGAUGGAAAUUACCCUUAGCAGUAUCCAUUGGAAUUUAAUCUGAUCUUGCCCCCUACCAGCUAGGAGCAACUUUUCAUUUCUAUCCCUUCUUUUCCCUACAUGGGCCUCCUCCUGGGACCAUUCUUUAUUCUCUUGUGCAUGUUCCCAUUCAUACAAGAAAGGCUGGGGCAACUUUUGAUACAGCCCUUGAGAAGGUGCUGUAACUCAAUGGCAGAGCACACGCCUUGCAUGCAGAACAUCCCAUAUUUAAUCCCUGGCAUUUCUAGUUUAAAAUGUUCAGGUUGUAGGUGGUAUUAGAGACCCCUGCAGGAGUCUCUCGAGAGUCUUCGUUAGUCACAGUAAGCUGUACUGUUCUUACUGGAUAAACAGUCUGACCUGGUGUAAGGCAGCUUCCUGUGCUCAAUAAUCUCAUGUUGUUGUCAUUAAUGUAUCAGCCAGAGUUGCAGGUUUUUACUAUAUCUUAGAGUGAGACCUGCUUUCUGGCAUAGGCUAAUUCUUGUAAUGCCAACAUAAGGAUAUGCAUAAUAAACUAGGAAGGAUCUUAUGCAAAGAAACAUAAGAGAGGAAUUUAUAUUCAUAUCGGCAGUAUACUUUUCUUAUGCAAGCUGAGAGGCAAGGAGUUAGAUAACCUAUGGUAUAUAAAGGAAGAAAUUGUUUCUGACAGUGUCCCUUGUUACUAUUUGUCCUUUGGUAUUGGUGAUAGGAAUGUCACAUCUGUAACAGCUCAAGGUCUGUAUAAUAGAGUAAAUCCCUUCAGGGAACAUGAGGUUACUGAAAAAUUGCCGGAUCAGAGCAUGUUUUAUUUUGGGGAGAGCUAUACAGGUUGAGAGUUGUAGUAAAAUUUAUACACUCCUUCCAUUUUCUCCCAUCUUCUGUCUCUUAGGCCCCAGACCACUGUGAAGAUAGCCUGGCCUACACAUGCAACAGAAUGAGCCGGUAGAAUACAUUCUACUGUUACUCACCAAAGGUGCGGGGGGGGGGGGUGACACUUUUGUAUGCCCCCCCAUGAAAAGCUUUCAGAAAGAAAAUUAGCAAAGCAGGGAGUGGAUUAGGUUAAAAGCUUUGUCCUUGAUUAUUUUAAAUAUUGUCUACAGGGAGGUUUUUUCCAAAUGGGGAGCACUCAAAAAUGGAAUCCCAUGCCCCCUCAUCUGCAACUUGAAGUGGUUAAGUCCAUUCAGCUACCUCAGGACCCUACCUCAUUCUGCUGUAUGUGUAAGGCGAGCUGAUUAUUCCUGGAUUGAUAAGGCUUCGUUGCUUCAAAUUCAGUAUUUGUUUUUAAACUCAUCCUCAUGUUGUUUCUCUUUGUGUUGCAGCUAAUCUGCAUCUAUAGGUAUCUGUAGUCCAAUAUAUGUGUCCCUGCAUCCUCUGCCAGAAAGCAAAGGAUCCAGGAGUACAUCUCUUUGACCGCAUGCUGCUUUUCUGGUGUGCACCCAUGCACAAUUGAGUUGGCCCUAAGUUUGUCUACCUUCAAGGCUUCUCUUUCCUUCGUGCUUGCUACGCUUCUUGUCUGUGCUAUAUUACUGUACAUAUCUACGUCAAACCUUAUAUCAACUCCAGUGUUGUUUUGGUUAGAUACAAAGAAAGAAAAAUCUUAAUGUUUGCAAUAUUUUGUUCGAAUGAAUGAAAAGUUGUUUUUUCAGACAGGACUUCUUUUAUUAUUAGGUUGCUGGACAGCCCUUUAAUAAUUCUGUCUGUUAUUUCCCACACUUCAUUAGGUGGCUGGAUUUGUCCAGCGUCUUCCUGGCUGCAAGGAUCAGGCUGCUCUCUUCCGACAAGAGGUAAUCCAGUGCUGUCUAUGUAAUGCUAAUGGCAGGCUACAUCAUCUUGCUAUCUGUUCCAUUUGGAUAAUUUGUGGCACUUGGAGGGGGAUAUUGAGAAGAAGAAAAUCAAAACAAUGCACCAAAGUUAGCCACAAGCCACAUCAAGUUCUGAGAAAAUUCUCAUUCCAUAAAUGCUUUGUAUUGUGGAAAUUAAGUAGAUUUGCAUAUUCUGGUCUUUCUAUGUAAUUCUGCUUUCUUAGUCAUUGGAGGAAGAUGUGAUAUAGAGCAGGGCUAGCUAACUUUAUGCCAUUCCAAAGCUGGGGGACUAUACCUCCCACCAUCCCUGAACUAUGCUAGCAGGGACUAAUGGGAGUUGGAGUCCAACAGCAUGUUAGUGAGUACUGGCACCUUUCUUUCUAGAAGAAAAGCACUGCUCAUUUGGCAUGUACUGGACAGGUUUCUGAUCAGGCUGAAAUUAAACCAAAUUGAAGAAAUAUCCUCUCUGCGAGACUUUGGCUAAGAAAAAGAUGUUGGUGACAGAAUUGCUGAAAUCUGCUUUAAUAGUCCAUUAGCAGCAGUUGAGCUGCCCAGACACACCAUAUUUAGGUACAUAAUUCUAGAGAUGGUAGCCUGUUGUGCUUUUAUUUUAAUUUUUAUUUACUAAAUGGCCAUAGUUGAUGUGAGAACAAAUUGUGCAAGCUAUGUAAAAAGGUAGCCAAGUAGAUUGGGUAAAGCUGCUAGCGAUCUGCAGCCAGAGAAUUAUGCCUGUAUGCGGGCCAACAGUCUGAAGAGAUCUUUCUGAAACUGAAUAGCUUGGUAGUAGUUAGAACUGAAAGGAAUGAAAGAAUCCAAAAGUUUUCUGCAGUGUUUUCUUAAUAUGAGUAGAACUUGAUCAAACAUUCAUUCUUUGUUUCUGAACACACACAUUUUCAUAGAAUCAUAGAAUUGUGAAGUUGGAAGGGAUCCCAGGGGUCAUCUAGUCCAACCCCCUGCAAUGCAGGAAUCUCAGCUAAAGCAUCCAUGACAGAUGGCCAUCCAACCUCUGCUUAAAAACCUCCAAGGGAGGAGAGUCCACAACCCCCUGAGGGAGACCAUUUCACUGUCGAACCACUCUUAUUGUCAGAAAGUUUUUCUGUGUGUUUAGUCGGAAUCUCCUUUCUUGUAACUUGAAGCCAUUGGUUCAAGCCCUACCCUCCAGAACAGGAGAAAACAAACUAGUUCCCACUUCCAUGUGGUAGCCCUUGAGAUAUUUAAACAUGGCUAUCAUAUCUCCUCUCAGUCUCCUCUUUUCCAGGCUAAACAUACCCAGCUCCUUCGGCCUUUCCAUACGCUUGAUCAUCUUGGUUGCCCUCCUCUGUACGCGUUCCAGCUUGUCAACAUCCUUCAUAAAUUGUGGUGCCCACAAUUCUAGAAACCAGGGAGCUGGACUAUUAAGUGACUUGGAUAGUGUGGAUAGAGUGGACAGAGAACUUUCUGACUCCUGGGCUGAAGCCUUUGAUGCCCAGCUGUACUGUACAAUUAAAUUAGCAUCCUAUUUAGCUGAUUACUAGUUUCCAACUUUUAAUGCAAGUCAAAACUUUUUCAUCGAUCUGUUCAAAGCUUUAAUCCUCUUUAAAUAAAUUAGCAUAAGCUAUCAUUUGAGGGGCAUUAAGCUCUUGACCUUCAUCAUAUUGAGCUGCAGUAAAAUUUCACUGUGUGUGUUGGGCAAUGAUUGUAUGGAUACUUAUUUUUAUAUUACUGUUUUAUAUAAGCUCUUAUAUAAAGAAUUUUCAUUGCUACUCUUCAAAGUCUUUACAGUGGGUAUUUUUUUUUCAUUUCCUCAGUAUCAUUUGCAUCUUCCCAUCUUUCCCACAUAUAGAUGGAAAGUUGAGCUGGCAACUUAAAAUAUGUAUUCGUACUCGAUCCUGCUCAACUAAACCCCAAUCGCACACUGCCAACUUUAAAUUUGCAGUCUUUGAAUGCAACUAUUCAUAGUCUGUGUAUUAAAAGAAAGAAUUGCUGAAGAUGUUAUUCUGUUGUACCUCUCUAAUCAUUCUCUUUUGGGUAUCUAACCUGUCCUCAUUCCACCAGGGCAAGCUGCAGCCCGAUGGUAGUUAAACUACACUGGUGCUUCUGUUGGUGGAAGACUAGUCACUGUUCUGUGCUUCCUGAGCAACACUUCAACAGCACAUUAGCAACAUGCUGGGCUUAUAUAGCUCAGUUGGUAGAGCAUGAGACUCUACCAGGGAGUUGCACCAGAUGACCCUCAUGGUCCCUUUCAACUCUACAAUUCUAUGAUUCUAACAUUACAAACCAGUCAUUUGUUUUGUUGUAAGCAAUAGCCUUCAAAAUAUAGCAUCAAACACACAAAACAUGCAUUAUUUAGUAACAGCAGAUAAAAACUAACCACACUGGAGAAGAAAAAUGACAGGUCUUGGGUAUUCUUCCUAUCACCCCCACUGUCUACUACAUUCCUGUCUACAAAGCUCCUUCUAAGUUUAGCCACUGAAACCGCAAACAAAGCUGCUUUGAAAAUUAUGCAUUUGUCUACAUCAUUUAACAAAUAUGUAAACUUAACACUCCAAUGGUCAGCCUAUUAUUCUGGCCAGAAAAUGGAUCCAGCAAUUCCUUACUAGGAGUGAUUUAGGAACAAAACAGUCCAUACAUGAACGGGCUCCUCAAUAGCUGCUGCCUAAAAGGGCAAAGCUUUCCUUCACAAGUAGGGUUGCCAUACAUCCGGGAUUUGGCUGUCGGAAACAGUAUCUGGUCAGAAAUCAUUUAAAUGUCCAGGAAAAUCCUGAUGUAUGGCAACCCAUGUCGGAAGUGUAGAUUUUGGUGAGUUUCCUUAAAAAUAGCUCAAAAACUUCUUUUUUGAGAUCUUGCAAAAGAAAAGAAAGCUCAACUGCAUGCACAAGGCACAUCACAUUUCUGCCUUAACAAUUGAAGAUUCCAUAGUUUGCAUUUGAAAAGAGAGAGAGAAGACUUUUAAAAAUAACACUACAAGAAGGACAAAUAUAGCAAAAGUAGCAACCAUUUCCCUGGACUCCUAAGCAAUUGUACAACCACUGACAAUUCAUAAUACAGUGGUACCUCGGGUUACAUACGCUUCAGGUUACACACUCCGCUAACCCAGAAAUAGUGCUUCAGGUUAAGAACUUUGCUUCAGGAUAAGAACAGAAAUCGGGCUCUGGCGGUGCGGCGGCAGCAGGAGGCCCCAUUAGCUAAAGUGGUGCUUCAGGUUAAGAACAGUUUCAGGUUAAGAACAGACCUCCGGAACAAAUUAAGUACUUAACCCGAGGUACCACUGUACAGUAGUACUUCUGGUUGCGGACGGGAUCCGUUCCAGAGCUCUGGUCGAAUCCCCGAGGUUUCCGCUACCGGAGGGACCGCUUCUGCACAAGCACGUGUGGCAAAAACCCAGAAAUAUACUUCUGGGUUUGCCACUUACGUGUCCCGAAGUUUACGUAAGAGGAGGUACGGCUGUAUGUCUCAUGGAUAACGUUCCUAUCAACUCUACAUAGAAACCACCAAUCAGCAUCACAAAUGUAGAGCGUUAGCAGCACAUGUACUAAGGUUGAAACAGGGUUGUUCAUCUGUGAAAUAUUGUUUCCUCAUGUGGGUUGUUCCUCCCACUUGCUCUGGGGCAUGAAAAUUAGAAGAUUUUAUCCCUUCCACUAGAAAGCAGCCCUCUCCAUUUCUGAAUGCUGGCAGAACUUGAGGUGAACUCUGCUUUUCGUUUCUUUUCAAUGCGGAUAGAAGUCCCACCCCCCCAUUCCCCCUCCUAUUUCCCCUGCUAGGUCCAACCAUGGUCUGUCAGGAAAGCAAGGGGGUUAUUGUUUAGGAGUAGUAACAGACAUACCACCCAGUCACCUCAAUGCAACACAGCCAAGUGGGGUGUGUAGUGAGGCACCUCUAAAGAGAAUUUUGGGUGACCCCAUGUACAACCACCUUAAAGUUAGCAUAGUAAUUUAGGGAUGGGGAACCUUGGGCUUGGGGGCCAAAUGCAAGGACUCUUCCCAUGCUUCUGGCUUGCCUGGAUGGAGGAGAGAGGAGUGUGUUUAAAGCUAGCCUACUAUACAGAGGUAAAUUUAAUAUUCAUUGCUCUGUCCACUUUAGCCUCUGGCCUGCCCACCACUGGUAUAUCACCCCUGGAAGGUUGCCCAGAAAGCAUUGUGCAGCCCUCAGGCUGAAAAUAGUUCACUGCCCCUUGCAGUAAGGGAAGGACCUUGAGACUGUUUCAGCAUAUACCAUAUAUAUAAUGAAGCACCAUUUCUCUGUUGAACUGUAAAGUACAAAAGCUUCUCAGACAUUGGUUCUGUUCUUACCAAGCAAUGUAUGAAGCUCCCUUAAACAGGGUGGACCUAUUGGUGCAUCCAGCCCAAUCUUGUCUGCUUUGACUAACAACUGCUUUCGGGUCUCCGAUAUAUAGAGUUCUUCCCCAGCUCCUGCUUCAGCUGCUUUUGACUGGGGAUGCCAGGAAUUGAAUGUGAGACCUAUGGUGUGAAGGAUGCUUGGACACUUCCCCACCACAAGAACUUUUUAAAGUAGCCAUUUCUAUUCAGGCGCUUAGAGUCUAUAACCCUGUCCUCCCUUACAGAAAGCGGCCACCUGCAAAAGAUCUGAAGUACACUAAAGGAUACUGCUUGGAAAAAGCUUACCAAGGGUGUAAUUGAUUAUCCUAUCAAAUGCCGUUCUUAGUGCCCUUCCCAUGCUGUGUUAAUUUUAAGCAUAUGGAAGCUGGAUUGUCCCAGCUGUAAUAUUGACUUUCUUUUUAUUUUUCCACCCACCAGCAGAUCGAUGGUGAAGCCUUCCUUCUCCUGAACCAGUCAGACAUUGUUAAAAUUCUGAGUAUCAAGCUGGGGCCAGCACUUAAAAUAUACAAUGCCAUCCUCAUGUUCAAGACUGCGGAAGAAGACUGAAGCAGCCCCUCCAGGACCAGUCUGAGCCAGGAGAUCAGAGCUGGGAAAGGCCUUCAAAGAACAACUCAGCAGCAGAGAUCCAUGUUACUGAAUAUUGAGCAGGUCGGGACCUUGGAAAGGCAGUGGUCUAAUUGCAUUUCAGACUCUGGAACCUGCUGAAAGGAUCCCAAAGAAGUACAAUCCCUUCUGCCACUUGGAAUGGAUUUAGUGGCUUCCCUUCUAGGAAGAGAUUAUUAAUUGUGUGUUUUUUUCUAAUUGAAUAUGGGUAUGGUUAAAUUGAUCUUUUGUGAAGAUCUUGAUGAUGCCUCCAGUUAUAAGAGGAAUCCCGGGUAUUGCUAUUGGUGGGGAGCCAAACUGACUAACCUGUUGAUAGUGCCUAAAAGAGAAUCCAAGUUAUCACUGACGUCCAUGACGACUUCUUUGUGUGCAGAACUUGGGGAUAGGCUUUAAGGGAACAAGGAAAGAGACAGAUUCUUCAAAGCACUGCUGUUGAAAUCCUCAUCAAACAUCUGUGCUUUUUUCCAAACUAGUUUUGAAUUUUUAUUCUCUUUCAGCUAUUCAAGCACUGGCAAUUAUUAUUUUGGUCUAGCAGGAUUUGGCAGGGAGUAAGGAGUGCCAGGAAUGAAGUCUGACUCCAUACCAUUGAUUAUCAAGCUAUUAUACCUGCACUUCAAGCUGUGCAAUUGCAGAGGUUAAGAGAUGAAAUGAAGAUAGGUCUAAUAAAGGCUAUUGGGAGAUUGUUCCAACAAAAGAUAAGUCAAUCACUUGGGUGGAGGGCUCCCCUAAUUGAACUGUAGGAAAACCUCUGGAGAGCCAUAACGAAACUACUAGAGUAUGUUUUAAAUUUUUCCAUCUCCCUGUGGUUCAGUGCAAGGAAAGUUUAGGGAUGGCACAUCCCUCUCUGUAGUGAUCUUUCUGAGGCAAGAAUUGUUGGAAAGAAUCUGGAAUCCCCACUCUGAAGCCUUUUGUUUUGAAAGCACAGUGGGUUAAUAAACAGGAGUAUGUAGUGUGGACCACUUAAGCACAAAGGAGCCAAACGUACAAGCUACUAAGGACUGCUGCCUCGCAUCCUCCAUUCAGUUCAGUAGUAGUCUUGGACUUUAGAAUGAUAUCUGCAUGCUUUGCUGUGCAGCAGACCAAUCUCUGGGAGCUUUUGCUGAAAUGCACAGGACCAUAUGGGUAGAUGAAAAAAUAGGCGGGGGGGGGAUGCAAGGUGCCAAAAGAAUAUUAAAAGAGAGCAAUUUGACACAGAUCUUCACUGGGGAAGGCAGAUUCUGAAAGUAAGCUCAGUUUGUCUAUGGAGACAUUGCCUUUACACCUGCAGCAGGUAAUGGCCAUGUAGUACAUAUUUCUGUUGCUGUCCCCUAAUUAGCAGCCCACACUGUACAAUAAUGUAGGCAGUCAUUCUCACUUCUUCAACCCCUGGCCCAUCAAAAUACAGUAUAACUUGGGAAGGGCACAUGCUCUAAUGUUCCUCCCUUCAGAUGUGGAAGAGCUUAUGAACCCUCUCAUAUAACUCCUCUCUCUCUCUUGCAUGCACAUCAAAGUUACCCCUCAUUCGCUGCCCUGGUGUUUAGCAGACAAUAGAAUCUCUUGGACUAGUGUCUCAUCUAAAGCAAGCCAAGCCUUCUGUUUAUUUAAUGUCAAGCCAUUUUUAGGGUUGAUAACUGUUUAAACUUGAGGGAGUAAAAGGGAACUUCUGUAUAGCAUAGCAAGGAUACUGCUCUGUUGUUAGUGUCUUACAUCGUUGACAUGAAGAAUGUGAGCUGGCAAAGGAUGCUCUUCCUGUUGGUCAGUGGUGGUAUGUCUUUCUCUCCUUUUAACUUACCUUAUAAGCAAAUGUGUGACAUUUCUGUGAAGAAUGGUGUCAAGCUUUCCGUUACAUCCACUUCACAUACAUCUCUCCACUUUUGAUCUCCCAACUAUUUAAGAGUCUCUGUAACCUUCCUAAAGUCAAGAUGACAUAAGACUUGUAAAUAGUCCACAAUCCAGGCUGCUGAGUCUGAACAGUAUUUAAUAAAUCUGCAGAGGCAAUAUGUCUCAUAGCUUUCUAUUUUUGUAUAAGAAGCUAAGGAGUUUAAGCCUUCUACGUAGAAGAGCUAUCAUUGAAAGAGUGUGAUAGAGAGAAUCUCUAUUAAUACUUGAGAGAGACAACAGAAGACAGGAUGCCACAUGACUGUUGCUGUAAAAGAGAUAUUCCAUAUAACUUUUAUGGUGCUGGGUAAGAGAGGCAUUUUUAAAAAAUACAUAAUCUUAUUUUAUAAGAGAGUAUAUUUUCCAAAGGACAUUUUCAUCUUAGUUUUCUCUAUGUAUACUUCUGGCAGAUGAGAAGAAAAAAUGGGCACCUUUAGCAGGGCAAAACUAAGGCCACAUAUAUGCAAAUUGUAACUGCAAGUUGCACAUUCAUGCAGUAAAACAGUUCAGGAUAUUGGUUAAAUGCAAGCAGAACUUUUGAGGGAAGCACUCAGUCUAACUGGCGAGCAAGAAACAUGGAAACAGACUUCUUGGUUUUUUUCUUCUCUUGUUCUUGAACUGACUCUCAGGGCAACUGUGUACACCUUGUAAUUUCUAAGCGCAGGAGCACUCCCACGGAUCCCUCAUGCAAUUGGAAAUGUAGCAUGGAAGUAUCAAUUAAUGAAAAAAUGUGAGGACUGCCUAGCCGCUCCCAGUGAUCAGAUGGAACACUCCUGUGUUUGUCAUGCAAGAGGAAAACAGCCCUUGAUAUCCAUGACUGAGAAGAUUCAGCAAGGUUCUGCAAGUUACUUCUCUGCAUAGAUGUGAGGAAGGUUUGUUUCUAUUUGUAGGGCUCAGGAGCCAAGUGCUAAUUUAUCCAACAAAAGGGGGCUUUAGGUUGAGGAAUGCUUCCUGUCUCACUUCUGUGGUCAUUGCAGCAGUGCAACCACGUGGCACAAAAACCAAAACCAGGUUCUUUGGCAAAAGAGUGUGCUUUCCAGUCAGCACACACCAAAGCUAGUAUAUACUGAGCUUAUACAGAAAACAAAUAUCAAGGUGUCAACAUCUUUAAAGAGAGAUGAAUGCAGCAGCCAGAAUCUAGGGAUAAAAUUUCACCAAACAGGAAGGGAACUGAAUUGUUGGGGGGCUCUUAGACAGGUAGGGUAGGAGAAAACAUGAACCCUUUUAUGAAGAACAAAUCACAAGACAGGAUGGUGAGCAGCAGAGGAAUAGAAAAGCCAAGCGAGAAUAAACCAGAAGGAUUUUGUUCUACUCUGCUGUUAGCCAUAGUUUUGCAAAAUCAGACUUUUUAAUCUGUUAUUUAGUUGUUGCUCUUCUCAUUUCUGUAUAGAAUUCAAUUUACCCAUAUCUUGCCUAUAAUUCCUCUAGGCUGGAGCUGUCCUGCCAAUGCACUUCUGGCAUAGCAUAGAAUAAAUCUUCUCCCAGGAGACACAACAUGGAGAAUAUGUUGCCACAUUAUUCUUAAGCCCAGUGGCCACACAGUGGAGAUAGGAAGUGAUGGCACUGUCCUCAUAUCAGCCAGGGUGCCCUCUCCUUUUUAUCUUUUUCUUUUUGUCAACCAUCUGAAUUAAGGUUUCAUUCUCUACAUGCCAUUAAUCCUAUAUAAAUGCUAAGGUGGUUUCUUGUCAGCAAGGAAGUACUCUGGAAGUGUAUAUUUAGAUUGCAUGUCUCUACUUUUAAAACUCAUUUGAAGAAGUGGGGAGACCUGAAAGAGCUUUUUGAUAAAAGCUGCUGCUGCUGCUUGUUUCAAAGGUUUUCAUUUCAUUUCAGUCAGACUGGAUCUUUGUCUUAAAGAGCAGCGAUUUUUAUUAAUCCCUAUGCAUUCACUAUGAUACCUGUCACUCUGUAAGUGACACGGUUUAAGGAUUGCUCUUCAUGAGCUAGCAAAGCAAGGACAGAAGGUCUCAAUUCUAAAUAUUUAUGUAACUGAUGUGUCAUGUUCUGCCAUUCUAGCUUUGUUUUAGAAAACCAAACUUGGUUUGUUCCUUUAUCAUCACCACCACCCUUUCCCCCUCUCAGCAGGAAAUUGUAGUUAAAAAAUUUCCAUGCCAUCACAAACUAUCAUCCUCGUAAUCCGACAGUAGUAGAUUUCAGCUCAGGGUAAUGAAUCAUACCAGAAGCCGCACAGAAGCGCUCAGUGACAGUGGUAGCCGAAACGUUACAAGCGAGGAAGAAAAAUAUUCAGCCCAGGGGAUAAGCGAGUUUGGCUGUGAGACUUCUUGCGUGCCGCUUCCAUGCCUUGGUAAGGGAUUUAUGCCAGAGAAAGCUUUAAAGUUUUUGACAUUCUCUCCAUCAUGUGAUGAUGAGCAAGUUUAUUUUUGAAACACUCUAUUACUUGAAUUAGACAUGCAUGCAAAAGCAGGGAAGCUCUUGGUGGAAUUUUGAUUUUCAGUGUUCAGAAUUAUUUCACUAUUUUAAAUCUUUUUUUUUUAAGGCCUUGAAAUGUUUGCUGUUCCCCCCCCCCCCAUCUGUGCAUUGCUCUGAAGAUGUGAAUAAAACACAUUGAUUCAAAAUGAC